AUUCAAUUCCACACCUUUAAAAUACCUUGUUAAUAUGAGAGAAGGGAGUGUAUUUUUGCGCUAGUCUAGCAUGAAACUAUAGUCUAAUAAAAGGUUUUAGAGCUGUGACGCUCCUCUUUCUCUUUCUCUUUCUCUUUCGAUCUUUCAGCUGAUAAAUAAGCAAGCCACUAGCUCGCGAUGAUUUCAAGGGCUCUGCACUACCUUAUGCAUAAUUUAUCUAGAGGAAACAAGUGUAUUUUAUAUUUUUUGAGUGAUACUGUAUGAACUCAAUCACAAGGUGCUUUAACAUUUAGAAUGUCUUUGUGCCUCAGCAUCCCAAAGCAGGAAACUGUCAGUGAGCAUGAGUAUAUUGAGCAAGCAAGGCAGCUUAUUGAUUGAAAAAUAUGGCCUCGGUCUUAAGCAACAGCUCAGUGAUUCCUGUCUCACUGUUUUGAGUGAUGAUGAUAAUGCACUCGAGGAAAAAUCCCACCGGGACUCAUGGAAUCAUUCAACCAGUUGACACUCUGCAGGUUAUGUGAGUCUUUCCGGCUUUGCUACAACGAGACAAAGGGGAGGAAAAAGGGUGAUCCUCAGGCUGGCUACACUGUUGUGGUAAAUAAACUGUACACGUCUAUCUCUGUGGGCUUCUAUUUCAAGAGGCCUAGUCCAGUGGGGGAACUCUGGCUUGACCCCUGAACACAAAGACGCUUCCUGUCUCAUUUGUAAGAAAAAAGCUGCACAUCCCCGAAGGACCAAGCUGAGAGCAAAACAUGAACUAUUGACUAUAUAAGGAGCUUAUGGAGUGCACACUACAAUACAGAUGAGCUAACAGCUUUGGCUGUGAAUAAAUAUAGCAAAUAUAAUGUUUGCUUGGGAGUGGGGAAUUACCAACAUUAUCUGAUAACUGUUUUCGACUGACAUGUUGCUGAUGAAAAUCAGCUGUUGCAUUAAUAAGAUUAAAAACCUGGAAUAAAGUGUAUGUUUGACCUUUUAACCCUAUUUGAGCUUCCAGUCCAGAGAUUUGAAGAAAACAGCAGUUGUGUGAAUAUGCACCUCUUCUAGAUCAUUCACCACAAAUGUGCGGCUUCAUCCUUUCAAAUAGAUUUAUAGAUGCUUUGUCCGGCCUUGCUCUUCCUCGCCUCUCUGCCAGUGGAGUGUCAGCCUGCAAAAGAGAUGGCGAGGAAUAAGGAUGAGGCUGUCAAGGCUGUGCCAAGUUACAGAACUAUGUCUGUCUAUGUGAUUGUGGGACAACAUCAAAGAAUAUUAAAACCGCAAUUGAGCAGAGUGCCAUAAAUGUAAUGAAUCUGUCUAGCUGUCUUCCUGUCUAAAUGUAUUACUCUUUUUUUGUUUUGUGAGUUUAUGAAUGAUUAAUGGUGAUUAUGUAAGCGCUGAAGUACAUGGAGUGCAUGCUGAGUUUUACAGAGGGCAGACUAAUAUGGAGGAGAGAUGGGACCCCCAGAGGUAUUUUGCAUGAAUAUAUAAUCUACAUGAUACAGGUACUUAUCAAUUCAUUAUUCCACAGAGUUAAAAAAAAAAAAGUCAUUAUUCAUAUCAUGUGGUUUUUGCACUGCCAGCUUUACUCUACUAUGUUAUGGAAUCCCUUUGCAGCAAAUAUGAUGUGCACUCUCCAAAAUUGCACCAGCAAUUUAUAAAUAAUCUAAUAAGUGUAUCCCUCGUAGGCAGACACACACACUUUUACACUCAAAAAGUGCUGAGUCAUCCCUGCAUGAACAGCCUGUGCACUUAGAAAUACUGCUUUUCAGCAAAUAUGGUCAAGAUUCAUACAGAGAACUGAUAUACAGUCAUUCUGGGUCCCAUCAUCAUACACAACAUAACCCUGCAAACUUUCUUUGUCUUUUAAAAUCUCUAAAUUACUACAGAUUUUUGUCACUCCUUGACUUUUAGGGAUCAUUAAGGCACCUUUUUGGCAUAAAAAUGAAUUACACACCCCAAGUACAAAUGUUAAAAGAAAAUAAAAAUUCUGUUGCAAUAAAAAAAUAAUCUAGUGGUUGGAAUAAUGGUUUGCUGAAGGAAUUAAGAAUAGUCAUUUAUUGUAUUUUUUCUUCUCCUUCUUUGCUCUGUUACUGUUCUCUCCCUGCACACUCCCUGCUCUGUUGCUGUUCUCUCCCUAGUCCUCUGAAUAGAGGUGGUUAAUUAUUCAAAUAGCUCAUCUCAUUUGUUAUGAGGUCAAAGUCCACUUCCCUUUCUUACUCUUGUUCGGGCAUGCCAUUGAGGAUCUUAGACGUUUUUUUUUUCUUCUGUUACCUCUACUCUUUUAUCUUCUAGCAUUAACUAAAGUUUGUGUACUGUUCAUAUAUUUUACAUAAUAGGUUAAAAUGUGGUGUUUGGGACACUUUUUUUUCCUAAGUUCAUUAUAGUAAAGUUGAAAAAACCACAUUUAACAGUUUUUACAGUGCAUUUUCAUCACUUGUUGCUUUACAAUAAUGAAUAAUGAUGAGAAGAGAAAUCAGUCACAGUUUAAUAUGUAGUUUUCUGCUGUAUUUUGAGUAAAAGGUGAGAAAUAUGUAGCUUUACCUUUGUCUUGAACCGUACCAUUCAGAACAUCACAUUUAAUUUAGAUUGAUCUCCUUUGUGAUUGUGAAACCCUGAGUCCACCGAGCUUAAUGAUAAAAAUCUUAAACUAAUUGACUGCAUAUGAUAACCUUCCCAAAAUUCUAAUGUUGCAUGAAAUUUGAGCCAGACAUGUGAAGUAAGAUGUUGCAAAUGUGGGUAACUUUUAUUGGUAUGUUAGAGCUGCCCUCUAUUGGUUGUUGUGUCUUAUUACAAAUCUUGCAAAGAAAAAAAAAACACCUGUUCUCACAAAAUAUUACAAUCUCAGAGAAAAAAAUUGUGCUCAAAUGUGUAAGAAAGAUUAAAAUGCAUUAGUCUAAGGCAGAAUAUUGUUCUAACACUUUUUUAACCUACCUGGUAUGCGUUCCCAAAUUGAAUAUAAACUGUGUUUUGGGAUAAAAUACUCUUUACCACUAGGUGGUGCUGAUAGACAGAUACUGCUGACUACUAGAAGCCAUUGCAUAACAAUUUGGGCGAUCAAUAGCCUACAGUUAUUCAAAACAGUAAAAGUUUAUACCCACCCAAAAGUUAUAUUCGUUUCAAUUCUGUAUUACCAUGGAUUGUGAUCAAAAUUGUUGGAGGCUAGGGUAAAAUCUCCUCGUAAAUUAAUCUUAUCUGAUCUCUCCGUUGCAAGGAGCACAAUAUCAAUUAAAAAUAUCAUAAAUAUAAUAUUGUUACAUAUUAAAAUAUAGAUUUAUGCUACCUAGAGCAUUGGGAACAAGUUACAUUAAUGUCCCAUUGUCUACCAAAAACACAUCAAGUCAACAUUUUGUGCAUAAGAAAUCGUAAAUGUGAUGACCAUCUUAAGGGGGGUGAGUAUCUGUGCGACAAAAUACAACUUUAAAACAAAACUGCAACUUCUGGUCCUUUUGCGUUCACUUUCUCUUGCCAACUCCAACCUGCCCCAAAUGCUCACCUUACGUCACACUUUUCUUCUCCAUGCGUGAAAUGCUCGAAAUGUGGGAGGGGUGGGACCGCAUGCAACAUUGUUCAGUUCAAAUUCAAUUUGCCUUGAGCACUGUAUAUCAAGACCCCCCUCUUUUGUGUACAAAGUGGGAUUGGCUGUUAGAUUUCCGUUUCUCCAUACGAUAGGUCAAUAUAGACAGUCAUUACGGAGGGCCGGGCUGCCAUCUCUCCACCCACAUUAUCACCAUUUUUAUUGAGAUCAAAGAUACAUCUCUGUCAAGAUAGUUCACCUGCGAUUCUGUCGUUUUCAUAGCCCAACUUCCUCUGUGGGAAGCAUUUGUAAGAAACAAAAACUAAUGAGUGGACGCCGCGCAGAGAUAGGAAGAAAAAGUAUAAAGAUAUAUUAUAAAUAAUCUCUAUAUUUACAAAAUUACUCAUAUUUUUCUUCACCACCGCUAGAAAUCAUUUGUUUUGGUUAUCAGCGGUCCCACUGCGCAUGCUCAUAACAGAGGCAUCUAUUAACUUCUUUUGACACGACUGAAAACGAGAAAAUCUGUCUUUAAACGUUUUGUAGGUAGAAAAAGCUAUCAAAAUUAGGAAGAAAAGCUAAAAAGAAGUUAACAAAGAGCGAUAAAAUGCCAAAUUAAGACGCUCAAUUCGUCGUCUCCUGUUUCCCUAACGGUAGCUAGGCGAAAGAGAAAGUGAUACUGCAGUGAAAAUCUUGUCGUCGGUUCGUACUCUUUGGUGGAUGUAUGCUGUGGAUGACAAGCGUCCAGCCCGUCGCAACAACAGCAGCAGCGGCGGCGGCGGCAGUUGGCAGAGUAUUUCUCAUCGUAGGCAGCGGUCGAGGGGAGUGAAGUGAACCGGAGGUAGGAGCAAGUAAGGAUUUACGGACACGGACCAAGCAUGGCUACCCAAACGACAGCAUCAUGCACUGGAUCCACUCUGUUGCAGCCCAUCAGCGAAAUCAUCAAUCUCCCUCUUGACCAGGUAUAAUUUUAGAUGGAGAAAAUAUCGACACACGAACCGCCCCAGCUGAUUUAAAAUAGCAUGUAUUUUUUAAUCGUAGAGAGCUAGUGCUGUGAGUGUAACAUUAGCAGAGGUUGAUGUUCCUCAGAUGUUAGCUUAGCUUUUAUACAACGCGGGUUUAACAGAAAUUAGAGCACAAAAUCACAGUUUCUUGUUUUACUUGAAGCUACUGCACAUUGCAGCUAAUACCUUUUGUCUGCUUCCUUUGAUACACACUCUAAUCCAGUGGUUACCAAACUACAGAGAUCCUUUGAUCUGCCACCAGUUGGAUGGCCAGUAAAAUCUGGAUUUAGUAGUAAAAUUUCACCUAACAUUCAUGAAGUUCGCCCAAGAAUAGUGUGUGGAGGCCGCAAUUUUCUAUUUCCCAUCCUGUCAUUUGGACUUCCUAAUGUAGUUGAAACAAAUAUGCAAUGAUUUCUGAUAAUGGAUUAGGUUCCUGAUGUAGUUUGAUAUGAGUGGUCUGACAUCAUAUUUCAAAUAUUGUUUUGUAGUGCAGUUUCUUGCAGUUUUAUCCAAUAUGAAGGAACAGUUACAGUAUUACAGUAUGUGUUGGAUCAACAGUGGCACAAAUGCAAACCUAAAACCAGAUUACAAGUGUCAUGCACAUAGUUGUCAUAGAGUGUCAUAGAGUGACAGAUUCCUUUGCAGCUCAUCUGUGAAAAGUCAGGGCACCACACCAUCCCAAAGCAUCUGCAAAAAUGGGAUGGGCAGUGGGAGUAGUAGUGGUUAGUAGGAUAACAUUAACUGUAGUGAUAGUUUGGUGAAGCGGGAUUCAUUGCAGCAUAUGUGCAAAUGUUUGCUUUGUAAACACUUUCACAUUUACAAGCACCACACCAAAGCGCUUGCUGUGACAGAUAAUCGCCAAGCUCACCAGAGAGCACCCAUGGUGUUGUGGAAAUGUCCAGUUAUGUCAGCGUGCAUCAUUAGCACAGUGCUUGUUAGAGAGGCUUCUGCAGGAAAAUUUCCUCUCUUGUCUGCCAUCAUCUCCAGUUUGGAUCAUACUGUGAUUUGUGGGUUUACUGAGGGAACUCAAAAACAGCCCAUGCUAACUACAUCGGUUUCCUCUGACUACACAUGCGGGCACACCAGGGGAUCCACUGUCAUGCCUCUUUAUAUUCUACAACCAGUAUGGCUACACUUGCUUGUACAAAGCAACACUAUUUUGCCACAAAUGAACCCCUAGACAGUCUUUUUUUUUCCUCUGGAGUUAGCUUUGCAUAUCUUUUCAUAUGAUAUCAGCUGCAAAGUGACUGGCUCUAAUCUUUUCUUAUGAGGCUGGGUUUACACAUAAAUGAGCCUAUUCCCCCUGGCUGCUAAGCAGUUUUACAUGCAAGCCUCAGGCUCAUGACUCACGCUUCCUCUUCCCACUGGACAGAGGAAAGCCUUCGUGAAUGCACCUGAGAUUAAACAGAGUGAUUAUAUUCUCAGCUAUGUUCUAGUUAACAUUUCAUUAAUUUUUAAAAAUCUAAUUUAAAAUUAGUAUUAGGCUCGUAAGUCUGCUACCAGUUGUAGAAAUGUGAUUCUCCAAACCACAAGACCUCUUGCCCUUAACUCCUUCCUCUGUCAUACUGUGCCUCAAACAACCAACCUUUAUGAACAUCCUUUCAUCCUCUGUACUUGCAUGUGUAGACUGGAAUGUCUCAUUUAUCUUGCACCACCCUGAACACCCAAGCCUCUGUUAGGAAUGUUGCGGGGCAGGAUCUCACUUUUCCUUUUUUAAUCUUUUUUAAAGGAUUGGUUUUACAUCAUAAAACUGUCUAAACUUUUACCAUGCCUCUCAUGAGGGGAACAGUCAGUGCUCUCUGGUGAAACCCCACAGAGCACUCUAGUUAUUUGGGUAUAAUGAUUAAUAUUCACAGUAGGAAAGGGAUAUUUGGUCAUUUGUAGCUGCUGCAAACACACCCCCAUUAAAAGCACCACAUUAAGAAGUCAUAAAUCAAAACUUAGUCAAGAUUAAACUAGUGGUUUGUUUUGGGUUAUUCUCAAACUAGAAUGUGUGCCCCAUAUAAGCCUCAGAUACCGGAAAAUAUGGAUUAUAUGGCAUAGGGGGAUACUAAUAUCUGUGUCAGCCUCAGAAUAUGCUUUAAAUAGGGUAUGGGGGAUACUGGUGCCUGUGUCAGCCUCUCAUACUGCCUUGGUUGUAGGAGGGGUAUGGGUAAGGGGGUCUACUUAAGUCCCUAUCUGUUUUUGAUAUUCUUGGGGUAUGAGGUACAGGGCAUUGAGUAUCAAUAACUGUAAUUCAUUAUUCCCUGAGUUAUCAACAUAUUAAUGAAAGUUAUUAUGUAUAGCUAGAACACAGUAUUGGGGAGAGUGUUACACAACGUUAACAGGAUGAUAGUGAUCAUUGUUCCUCCAAUAUUUAGUAAUGUAUUUUUUUCUGCUGGUAUGAAAAUGUGAUACUGGCAAAUACUCAUGUCAGAUAUUGUGAAAAAAUAACUUUGUUUUAAUCUUAACUUUGCACCUCUUCUGGUUUCACAUGGCAGCUGUGACAGCGGCAGGUUUUCCCCUAAAAUGAGCACGAGUCUACUUCACAGAUCGUGCAUUUGUUGAUUGAAAUAUUCAUGUUGACAUUAAGAGUUAUAUGCGCAUGAAUUCGCUCAGUCUCUUUUUGAAUGUAGUAGUUGAGAAAGAGCGGAUGGCAUUGUGCAAGUGUGACAUAUAAUCACAACCCACACUACUUUGUUGGACAGGUGUCACCCUUGUGCACAUUGUGGUUUGUUCGCUUCCUGCCAACUGGGUGCUCUGUGCAGUGCCAGAGCUGCUGUUAACACCACAGAAAUCAAUACAGACACUCAGAUGCAGUAUGAUCAGAGUGGCCCACAGACAUUGACACUCAUUUUGAUGAACCCGCUAUACUGUGGCACCCCACUGUAUGUCGUUAAGAUUGUAUGUAUCCCAUGGGAGAACCAUGCCUCUGCACUGGCCUCAGUCAGAGCUAUAAUGAGAGCUGUGAAACCUGAACUGCUCCUCUCUGCUUCUCUUUCUUUUAGCCCUAUCUCAGACAGACAGAUCCUUUACAGUUACAUGGUCUUACCACUAAAAUGUAGCGCGCCUGUAUUUUUAUGGACCCCUUAAAAUGAAGUUUGUGAUUUAUGGCCUCAAGUUACUCCUCCUGAUAGUCUUAACUUUUUAUUGUGACUGAUACGGCUCCAGCUGAAACAUACGUAUGUAAGCUAUCAAGAUGAAACUUUUAUAUCCAGGACUGAUCAAUCCAAAUCUUCUCAGGACCAAGCAUUGUGUUUCAUAAUACAUAACACAAUUCAGAUCAACAAGCAUAUUCAAGAGGCAGGCUGUAACUGGAUCUAAGCUGGAGUCAUUGUCCAUGAUAAUGUGUAUGUAAAUGUUGUACAAAUUUCCCUGUCAGGAUGAAAAUACUGGUGAGGUGUCUCAAGGUUUGAGCUGUUUUUCUAUUUCCACAGUAAUACUCCUCAAAGGCAGUGAGGGCAUAACUCACAAUGUUGAGUUCAAGUGUGAAGUUUGGAGAGUCGUGACCAGGGUUUGAGAACCAUGCUUUCAUUUGAUUAAAUAUCAGGUGGUUCCAAAUAGUGCUUGACAGAUAUCAAUCUGCCAAUAUCAGUCUGAUUGAAUUGGUCAAUUCUAGAGUAUAUGUUUUCUGAUUUGUAUCAAUCUUAUUGUGGAUUAAGAAGUGGUGCUAUCAUACUCCCAACAACAUUUAUCAGAGAUAUUGGUGUAAAAAAUCAAAUACUGGUCCAGCUUUGAACUGCAGCUGGUCUGAAAUCUUCACACUCCAUGCCAGAAACCACCCAGGUUUAAUAAUUUGCUCCGAAUAACAAUUGAAGACAUUUUUUAAAAAGAGGUUCCCAAUCCUUUUUAAAGCAAAUGAUUUGAGUUAUUCAUUCAUAAUUAAUGUUUGAAGCCUCAUUUGCUCAAAGAGAGGUUUUCUUGUUGGUUGGAGCAUUCGGGUCUUUCACAGCUGCAGUUGUUUAAAUAGGCAGCAGCUGGGCUCCUGAUGAAUCCCUCAACAAGCUUUUCACACAUGGACAAUGAACCCGAUCAACUCUGCUGUAUUGUUUGUGCAGCUCUUCAUUGUCUCACGUUUCCUAAAUAACUUGUACCUCAUCACCUCACAACACAAACAGGCCACACUUCAUUUGUUUGGGAGUCUACACCUAAUAAUAAAUGGACAUGAAUGGUGGUUUUGAAAUAAAGUGUAUGGUUUCUUUAGUUGUGCAGGUUUUUUUUUAUUUUGACGCUAUAAUGUAAAAAAAUUAAUGUUAACACUCAGCAUUUGGAUCAGUUUAGACUUCAGGUGAUGUAAUGUUUGUGAUGUAUCAGCAGUGACCUUAUAAAUCUUGCGGAUCUUGUCAGCUUAUGAUUGUUGUUAGGACUGUAGCUGUUCAAGACAAGUAUAUAUUUUUGAUUUUGGAGCUUGAACACACAGUCACUUACAUACUUCUUUUAUAUCUUCACAUUCAUUUUAUGCUUGUAUUCUACACGGGAUGCUGCUGUGUGUCCCAUGCUCACAAAAGGGCUUGCUUGCCCAGCUGUACAAUCACUCUUCUGUUUAUGUGACAUAUUGGAUUUCUGUUUAUCGCAGUCCGAGGACAGCCAUGUCUUUUAUCACGAUAACGAGCCUUCUUCUAUUGUUGCUACUGCAUUUUCCACCACGCCAUUGUACUGUAGGCUUCUGAGCCCACACAGUGCUGAGGGCUUGACUUCGAGCGGUGCUUCUAUCCACUGACAUUUCCUCUAACAAGUGACACGAAUAAAUAGGUCAAAAUGAGCUUCACAGAAAUUGAAAAGGGGACUUGUUAGUUUCAUGUAAAAAUUAUAAUACUCACUAUUUCUCAGAUAUAUUUUGAGAAUGAGUUUAACGUUUUUGAAGCACUUUUUUCAUUCAGUGGUUCAUCUUCUGAGUAUUUUUAAGAAGCUUUUCCUGAAAUAGUCCCAAAUUAUCUGCUCUGUUCAGUCCUAUACCCAGACUGAGUCCCCAAAACCCCUGGCUUGGGACCACUGGCUUUACUAUCAAACCCUUGGGUCUUGUCAGAGUCUCUCUACCUCCCCAUGGUCUUUAAUUGGCUGGCCUCUUGGGAGUCUUAUCCCUCCAAUUGAUUUCUUUCCCCCUCGGCUCUCCCUAAUGGAGUGCUGCUGGCUGCUGCCAUUAUUAUGGUGCACAGUCAACACAAGCGUGUGUGAGUCCUUCGGGGGGGAACAUGGAAAGACUUGGCAGCGCUGUUAGCAUUAUCAGUAGACAACAGGUGACACAGUAAUGGGUAGAAACAGGUGAUUUCUUUAGAGGGUAGCUUAGAUUUCCUGAUCAUGUGUUUAAUGAGGCUUGUCUGUUACAAUCCUGGUGUUUAAUAUAUAGAAGCAGUGAUCAUGAUAAAAAGACCACUCGUUUGCUCGGAGUAUCAAGUAUUAUGUAAUGCUUUAUUCUGGUCAAAGAUGAAUAGCAUUGCAUUGACUGAUGUAAGAGUUAUUAUCUAACAUAAGAGUGCAGGAGUUUACUCCAGUUUGGACUGAUAAGUAGACCACGAGUGCCCCAUUAAAGGUGCUUAUCUUUUUUUUAAGUGUUAAACUACAAGUGUCAUUCACAAUUUCGCCCUUUUUUCCUCAAUGACUUUACUUUAAGUCUUCAUCACCUGCAUUUUUGAUUAGUCUUUGAGGAAAAAGAAGGAAAGGAUUUAACGCUGAUUUGCCUCCACAAUAAACAGGCAAGGGGUAGCGCUGUCCAUGCAGCUCCUCAUGCACAAUAUGUGGACAGAAUUAAGUGCCGUAAGGAUGAGAGUGCAAAGGGCAGCCCUGUGCAGCCAUUUACAAUAAGUAAAUGACAGCAACUUUAUUGACUGAUUUAAUCUGAUAAAAUUAUGUCAUUAGUUAAUGAAUAUUCCUGCUACUGGCUCACAGUAUAUAUACCAUGCAUCUCUUCAGUUUAAUGCAUUUUGAGAUACACAUAUAUCUUGUAGAUUUCAAUUGUGAUUUGGUUGCGUUUGUAACAUCAAGUCUCCACUUUCUCUGCGGCUCUUUGUUUAAAGUCCUUGUCCUGUAUUCCCAGGGUUAAUGCAUGUAAAUGACUGCCGUGGGUGUGGGUUCAUUUCCUCCCCGCAGUAAGCCUGGUCAUGCAAAACACAAGCAGGCUGUCUUACUGUAGAGUAGCUCGGGAGGGAAAUCUGUGCAUCUGUCAUUCCUCUUCUCUCUGAAGUACUUGGCAUAGCCACAAAAGUGGAUGUCCACAUGACUCAGCUUACUAACUCAUUAGUUCUGUUGGUAAUGGUGUGCUGUUAUGCGGGUGGAUUGAGUUUCUUUCUCUACUAAAACACUGCAUUUAACAGCAUCAAAUUGCCGACUAAGACAUAUCUGAUGCUGAAAAUUGCAGAUGAAAGCACACAAGUUGGGCAGCCUUUUAGACUGGCCUCUAGUUAUGAUCAUUCUUCCAACUCUUACUUUGAUAGAUGUAAGCCUGUUUGGAAGGUAUUUUCAGUCUGAAGUUUGUUAGCUUUUAUGUCCCACUUGAGGCUUUUAGAGUCAACAUGAAUGUCGGAGUGGAGCCUUUCAUUUCUCCACAAAACUCUGAAGCUCGGUGCAACGGCUGUUCCCUUCUGGUUCAUCCUCCGUGUGAGGCCAGGAGUCCAACAGGAUGAAGGAGAUGCAUCCAAUAUAAAUGAGCAGGCAUGAAUAUUUAUAAGUGCGACUUUGCACUGUCACUUGUAAUUCAGCUGAGGUAUACUAAGAGGGCAUUCAGCUGAUUCACCUUCACAAGAACAGAUAGACUCCGUUGCCUUACUUUUUAACAUCUCUACACUCUAAUAAAUAGUCAAUCUAAGUAUUGAUCAUCACUAAGAACAAGCUGCACUGUCAUCUAAAAAGUUUGGCCACUUUGCUCCUUGGGACCUUCUGCCAUUGAUUCCCUUGAAUCUGAUCAUCUGUGCUAUAAAUCAAUGCUUAGAGGGCUGUAACAUGAAAUUGGAUGUUGGCUUCUCUUUGUAGUUAAGCUGAUAAAAACCAGGGGGGACAGUAUACAGUACAGUAUAUUUAUUAGAGGCUGUGUACAAAAGCGAAGGAAUCCCCAUUAAAGCCUAUGUUAUAAUGGAAUGAGCUGCAGACCUUAACCAAAAAUGGUUUAGGCCUGUAGCUCAUUCCUCUGUUUGUUGCAACUAUAGGGGGAAGGGGAAGGUUAGGGGACGUCACAACUCACUUGGCCUGAAUUUCAGCAUGGGAUUGUGGGUACCCCGCAUGCAAUAUUCAGUCCCUGCAAGCCUGUAACUCAUAAUGUGGAUACAUUAUACUUAAUAUGACACAACAAUUUGAACUGAUGUGUAGGGGAAGGUCCUGCCCUCCUUGGCCUCUGAUUGGCUAGAAGUAGUGGGCUCUGAUUGGUUAUUCCUAAUGGCUGUGAAACGUCAUCGUCUGUCGAGUUAGGGUUAGGAGGUUCAGAAGAGUGAUAAUGUUCUGUAAUGUUCUGUUCGGUGUACAGAGCCAACAGCCCGUGUUUGGCUUGAGCAUGUGAUGACGUUUCCAGCUUUUCUAGCCAAUCAGAGGCGAAGGAGGCGGGACUUGCCCCUACCGUCCUACAAAAAUAUAUAUUGCGUAUGGGACACAUGUCACAUGUCAUCAGUCCACCUCCUCAGCAGCUUACCAACAAAUUGAACUAGCUUGCGUGGGCUUGAGCUAAUGUUUUCAUGCUACUGAGCCAGUGAUGGUGCAGGCUAACUUUAGCGUAACAUAACAUAAACAAAUAGCUUGAUUAGUUUUUAUAAGUUAAUUACUUGCAAUUGCUAACAUUAGCCAAACAAAACAUUGACUGUUGAUCUUCAGUGUCAGGUGCUGCCAGUUUAGUAAGGUGGUUGUUUACUGUGAGCGUUCGGUUUUAUUCUAAAAGCACAAACAGGCUGAAGGAGAGGUGUGACUUAUUUGUGUUUAAGUAGUCUAGUGCCAGCCGUUAGCCACGUCCUAACCUCACAGAGAGCUGGGAAGGGUGCGCUAGAUUAAUUGUUCCCAGUCUUCCUUGUUUGUUGAACAGAUAUUUUAUAUGUCAUUUUCAUUAGGAUACAGUAUGAACUUUUUUGACUGAAUUACUGUUUUUGUAAAAGAAAAUAGUUGCUGUGAGUGCAAAAGAAUGCCUUUAGUGGACACAGGCCCUAAGCCAUAUCAUGAGGCAUGGCUGACUUGACUGACAGGUGUAGGCUGUUUUCUAGGUAGCAAGGCUCUAGAUUAGCAAGAGGUUAGUUGGAGUCAGAAUUACCAAGCUGCCUCUAAACCAAUGAGUGACAUAACUGAGACUACACUGAACUUUAUUACAGCUUGUAUUGACUAUAUUCUGCUUGUAUUUAAACACACUUGACAUUUCAAAGAUGUCCCUCCAGUCAAUUUUGCUUCAACCCUUGCAUCCUGCUCCAUUGUUCUAUUUUCAAAGUUGAAAAUGAGAAUGAGAGAACUGUUUCGAUUACUCUGUUUCAGUUUCUCUCCUUUUUCACAGUCGCGGUUUGUCUUUCAUAUGAGGUUUGACAUAGCAAGAGACAUCAAACACAAACUGCACAUGCAUGUUGGGCCCCCAAAAAAGAAACUGCGUCUUGCAAUGAUUUGCUUCCUUGUGUCAUUAACUCCUCUAGCUGUAAAUCCAGCUCAUAAAAUUGACACAGCUUUGGACAAAAUAUCUCCCAGUGGCAGUUGAUGUUGUCAGUCAGACACAUCCGUGCAGCAGAACAACAGCUGAACAUUCACCCGUCCAGAAAAUGUCAGUUACUUAACACACUUAUGUAACAAUUACUAAGCAUUUACUGACUUUGAUAACAUUAUGGACAGACUUUGCGUUUGUGAUGUGUUUGAAGUCUUCAGGCUAUUUGAGGAGUUUUUGUUAGUUUGAGAGCUUGUUAUCUGUUAUGAAUUUCAGAGUUUUUACAAUGCCUGCUGUAGAGAUAAACACCUACAACUAAAGAUCUGAUGCUUGACCGCAGAGUCUUCUAUGAGGGCCUUGAGGAGUUUGUAAAGAUGUGAUGUUGAAAGGUUCUCUCUUCACUUUCAGUCACCACUGACACCAUUGAAGACUUUUGCAUAUAUGGUUCUGUAUCAUAGCAACUGAGCCGUUUCUUUUUUCAUCUAUGUAGUGCUUGCCAAUGCUAAGAAUAUUGUCUGCUCUUCAAAUAAAACCAUGUCUACCUUUCCCUUUCAUGCAUACCUACAGUAGGGGCUGGACCUCUGCUUGUACAGAGUAUUGCCAACAAUAUCACAGAAAUUCAGCCCACUAACUUUAGUCUGAGAAAAUAUUUCUAACUGUGAGUUCGACUCUAUUUGGAGCUGAAAUGUUUCACAGUCUGGCCAUGGAUGGCAGUGCACCCAUGUACCCUCUGUGUUUGUUGUAUGGGCCAUGUUGCUGGGCUACAGCUGUGGCAGCGUGAGGGUGGUGAUUAAAGUUUGGUCAGAGGCUACCUCUGUUACCGGCUCCUCAUGAGUUGAAGACUUUCCCCGAUUUGAAGCACAUAAAACUUUACAUUGUUACAAGACAUUACAAGACGACAUCAGCAUCACUUUCUUCCUUUCUUUUUUUUAUAAUGAUUUUAGUAACUUUAUUUUGAUACACAUUUACAGUGGUCCCACAUACAAAGAAACCCACUCCUUUAACACUCUGUAGUAGGGCUGCACACGCCUGAAUUUGUUGUAAUAAAUAAUAUAAAUCUUUAAGAUUUAUUCAUACAGCUGGAGACAUAAACUCCUACAAUUUAAGAUUCUUCACAGAAUAUAUUCUACUGAACAAAAAAUAUCUUUGUUUCAUAUGUUAUAGUUGUGUUGUAGACUUUAGCCCCAGUCUAACCCCCUCUUUACAUCCCUGUCUUUUUGGGGACUUUUGUAAUUGUGCUUUUAUUGCUGCUAAAAAGUGUAUUGCAGGAAAUUGGAAGGAUCCCUCUCUGCCAACUUUGUCUCAGUGGAGGGCAGGGCUGAUUACCUGUAUUGUAAAAUACAUGACAAAAUAUGGCCACCUUAUGUUGUCUCUGUGGAGGUCAACAAAUGAAUAUUCAGAGGUUAUAUACUAUUAUGUUAAAAAUUCACCCAGAGAAGGGCAAAAGUCUAAGGGCAUCCCACACAUAGACCUGUCUCUUUCUGUCCACAUGUCUCUUUCUCUUUAUUAUGAAAAAAUAAGAUUACAGAAAAAAAAUCAGUCACUGAAAGGCAUGGCUUAUUCAUUUAGCAUGUGUAUCUUGUAGAUGGAAGCUAGGAUAUGAUACUAACGUGUUCACGUUAUUUUGUGAAGCUGCUUUCUGGAUUUAUUUUAAAUUUAGAAAAACAUGUUGGGGGUGGCAGUGGCUUAGAAGGAAGAGCAGUCGUCCAACAACUGAAAGGUUUGCGAUUCCAUUCCCCCCUGAUCCCUAGUCUGUCUAUUGUGUCAUUGGGCAAGACACUUAACCUCCUUGCUUCCAGUGUACAGUGUAUGUCCUCCACUGGUGUGUGAUUCGUAUGUUCGUCACUUUGGAUAAAAGCGUUUGCUAAAUGACAUUGUAAUUUGUAACUUGUAACUUGUUGCAAACAGUGUGAAACAUACAGAACAGUUGUUAUAGUUGUUACUAUAACAGUGAACCAUCGUUUCACACUUCUUUUACCUCGCAGGCCUGGUGAGCAUGAGAAAUCUUUGACAACUAAGCAAAUAGGAAGUGUUUACCACCAUGUGCAAAAGCCUCAAAAGCCCGUCAUGCAUCGCAACUAGUCACAUUUAUUGUAUCUCUAUCUCUUCAUGGAGAAAGUGACAUCCCUUCUCUCUUUGCUGUUCUUCUUGUUGGAUUUUAAAAGAGGGGUUGUAUGAGACUUUUGUUUACAGUCAGCUCAGCCCCAUUGUUGGGAAACCAGGUGGAGAGCCGGCAUGGAAGCAAGGUGACCAACUGCGGCAGACGAGAUCAAUUAACCCAACUUAAAAAAAACUAUCCCUUUGGCUACGUCUCAUUUAGGAUACUUAAAAAAACGAGUGAUUGUUUUUUUGCUGGAUUAAACAUCCACACUGACAGAUAGUACGUAGUGAGAGAAAAUGCAGUAUAUUUGGUGAUCUGAGCACAAUCCAGGAUACUACCACGCACAGUCUAAGACUUCCCUCUGCAUUUCUAUCAAGGACUCAGAAAGCCUCUCCCUCUCUGUGUCUUUGUAGUAAAUCAUAUUAUAAAUCAAACGCCCGCACUGCUGGCAGUUGUUUGCCAUCAGUUAUGUGCAUAUCAAAGAAGCUGUCAAACAAUGCUUCCUACUCUUAUUAUUAUGCAUUAACAUUACUCAGCACUGCAGAAGAGACUUGCAUCCACAGGCAGCAUGAAUAACUCUAAUAGAUGACAUAAUCAGUCAGAAGUGAUCUCAUCAGCGUAUUAGUUUAUCCAGUGCAAAUGACUUUCUGAAUCAAGGAGACACGGUGCAGACUCCUUCCUCAAAAUAUUUGUUUACAUCUCUGUGUUUGUCUGCCUCUACCUCUUUGUAAUGAUGCCAGUAAAUCUCUUGUACAGUAUAUGGCUGGCAGUUGUUUGCAGUGAGUUGCACUUAUAGAAGAGGGUAAGUGGUGUCAAGUGAAGCUCGUUCAGAAACGUAAAGAGAUGAUAGAAGGAGUAGGAGAGUACAUAUGUCUGCAGUCAGAGGGCUUUUUCCUGCAGACAUGUGGCUAAUUAUGUGUAUAUUGAGCUCUGUAUCUCUGUCCUCUGUACUUCUGUUCCUUUUGAGUGUACUUUUGCUCAGACAUGGUAACGCUGUAUGUUAGAGCCUGAGCGCAUUGGACCAAGGUCACUCAUUACGGUGAAAAUGUACCCUGUGGUGAUGACAUUAUUUCAUCGUUACACCGUCCCCACUGGCACCAGGAUGCCUGAUCAGAACAGCGAUGACAUUUCUGACCAAAGGCAGCCGUCUAGUCUUUGCUAAGGCUGAUUCAUACGGUCCAAGAAAGAGACUACACACACACACACACACACAUGCAUAUUGUGUGCAUGGUUCUGGCCGGUGCUGCUUGCUGCCUUGUGGGGAAGGGUUGAUUGUUAUGCUAUUAAUAGCCUGGCUGACCGUAGAGCCUGACUGGGGUCUGUGUGGAUCAGCUCAGAGAGGCGGGCGCCACUCCCCAGGCUUUUACACCGCGUGUUCGUGUCAGUGUGCAUGUUUCUGAUCAAGAUGCAUGAUUCCUAACAUGAACAAAACUACACUGUCACUUUAUUUUGUCCGUAGAAAAUCUACAGCUGCUGGCGUGUGAACACACAAAAUCCAAACAACCGAUCAUUUGAUUUGCCAAACAAUUUAAGCUUUAUAAGCAUCCCUUUUUUACUCAGACUUGUGACUUGACAUGAGGUGAGGAUCUUCCCAAAGAGGGAGACCAGUUUAUUUUGAAUUUCUGUUUGUGUAUUUGUGUGUGGUAAUGUGUGUAUUUGAGCAGGCACAAGGAGCACUGUGAGUGGCAAGUUUGUAUUGAUGCUAAGAACAAGACGGCUGUUGUUCUCGUACUGUCAGCAUGAUUUAGUUCCCUUCGGAGAACACUCAAAAACAGAGAAAAGUCAGUGUGUCUCUUGGAGCAAUGUGCCACAUUCACUGGCACUGACUACAGUAGUCAUGACAUCACCUGCUCCUCUGGGUGUGUGUUGAACUCCAGAAAGUAUGUGUGAUUGCUAGUGUUUGUUUGCUAGUUUACUGGCAUGGGGGAGAUCUCUGGCAAACAGUUGAAUGAUUUCAUUUCUACUAUGCCAAAGAAUGGGGUUGAAGGGCACAAUCUGAUUCGGAUGGCAGGACUUUGGUAUCAAGUCAUUACAUACAUGAUAAAAUCAGUAAAGAUGGUUUUGUCCUCGUGUGCCACCAAAUUCCACAACCUCAAUGUCCCACACAGGAGCUUUAAAUUAACUCAAUAAAUUGCUGUCUCAAUCUGCACCUCAUCUGUCUCCCACUUAGACUUACUUGUAUGCUACUGUGACAUCAAGCCUCUGAAUAUGAGGUGAUUUCAUGUAUGGAGUACAGCGUCUUGUUGUCCAUGGGUCAUCUCUUAAAAUGACAGGCACCUUAAAGCACCUGUGAGAUACUUUCAGUUUGUAUUAAUUACUUAUUCUUCUACUUCUACGUAUUAAAUAUGUGCCUUCUGAAAAAGAAAAACACAUCCUGCUAUGAUAGAAUAUCUUAUGUAGAAAUGUAAAAACAAGGCUGUGUUGUCAGCUACCAACUACCCUACUCUGACUGGUUUCAGGCAUAAAAAAAUAACUAUAAAGAUUGACAGUCUUGUCACAAAUGACCCUUAUUGAUUUAUUAAACCAUUACAAGUCUUUGGUAUAAUUUCCAGUCUAUUUCACUGACAUCAUAAAACUCCUCACAGGAGCUUUAACUGGCAGAAUAUUUGAAUUCACUUGAAUUGAAUUACUUGGCUGUAACUUGCUGAUGUUUGGACCCUGCUGAUGUGCUUCAGUUUUGUUACCUUUUGAUAUGCUGUUAUGCCUUCUCCACUCCUUAAAACAUGAACUUUGCAGCUGCUGUGCGAUGUCAAGGAAGUUUUUAUGUUAUAAGCGUGAAAUACAACCUAACAUCUUAACUGUGUUGUUGGCGUCCUCCAUCCAUCCCCCACAAAGUGCAUAAGCCUACCAACAGACUGAUAACACAUGAUGUAGUGCGUACAUGCCAAAGUCGUAAACGCAGAAUAUGAGAGAGCUGAGCUGCACAGAUGGGCCCAUUGCCAGUGAUACCUCAUUUAGCUAUUCAGGUCAGUAUUUCAAUAUCAGGAAUCUUUAAUAUCUAUUCUUUUGUUGUAUCACAUCACAAAUUAAGAAAAAACUUAAGAUAGACCCUGAGAGAUAAUCCGAACUCGCCAUAAAUCUCAAAACCACAUUUUUUUAACCUCUUUUUGCUCGCUGCUCCUUUCACACCAUUUAUUACACUCGCCAGCACUGUUAUGAUAAGCUAUCCCUAAUCCUCUGUGAGAAUUACACACGAGUGCUCUCCCCACAUCUCACCUAACAUGAAAAAUGCUGACAACAUGGAUUUUCCCUGGUGCUCUCUAAGAAGGAUCAGGACAGUAUACAGUAUGUUUAUUACUCCACAGUCUCUUUGAAUAGAGAAUACAGUCUGACAGCAGUGGAGAGUAAUUUUAAAGCUUUUUGAACCCCCUCCUCUACUCGUACUGUGGAUCUGCAUGAGUCACUGUAGAGCUGACAGAAAUGAAAUGAAAUGAGACCAUGCAGAACAGGACUAGUUGGACUGUGUUGGUGAGGGUGGGGGUGGAUACUGACUUAAUGACACGGAAAAAAAGGGUUUUAUGCUAAUGACAGUCUAAAUUUAUCCCCCACUUUGUGUAUAAACACACAAACAGAUCACACACACACGCACACAUGUAUUAAAACCCACUGGUGGCUGUGAGUGAGUCUCAGAUGGAGAAGCAUUUGCAAAUGAACUAUUUUCGGAGCCUGCAGAAGUAGGGAGGAGUGGAGUACUAUUUAUGAAAGGAGAUAGUACCUCCACAGUGUGUGUGUGUGUGUGUAUGUGAGGGAGUGGAUGUGGGUGUGUGAGUGUGAAUGUGGUGCAUCUUGGGCUCAUUGAAGCAGUGAAAGUCAUUCGCCAAGCAAAGCAUUCCCUCAUGGGAGAGGUGUCCUCCACCCUCAGGAGAGCAGGUCAGACUCAACAGGCCAGUUUGGUUCAGGUGGUUAUCUGUUUCAGUCUGCCUUCAUGGGAACCACCCUGUGCACAGCAUCUUCCUGACUUUCACUUUUUCCACAGCAAAUCUGAUGUGAAAUUUGCUGUACUCUAAAGUCUUAGAAAAGGAGUGUUUUAGGUAGUAGACUCAAAGUGGACUGGGUGGAAGGAACUGAGGCGGUUUAACAUUGAACAGGGCUGUAAAAAUUGAUUAAACCCAUUCAUUGCCUUUCUGUUUUUUUUUAAAGAUUUACAAAAAUGACAAUUCAGAUUUUCUCCAUAACUUCUUGUAAAUUUCAUGCAGUCGUGGAUUUUUGUCAUCUCCAUGCUGCAUGAACAAAAUUUGGCCAAUACGACUGUCAGACUUCUGUGGUUAAGGGGAAACCCAAUAGACUAUAAUUUUUUGAAUUGUUCAUCAUCUUUCUUUUCCCUUUUCCUCGUGACCAGAGUUCACCAUUUUUUGCUGAGACAGCAAGCAGACUGCAAAGGACAAAGGUCUCUGUGGCUCUUUUUAAGAAUGUAAGCAUCAGUUAAAGAGAAUCUUUUGAGGAAGAGUUUUAAUCGUACUCUUACUUUGUUUGAUGAUCCAAACCAGAAAAACGAAUUGCUUUCCUGUAUUUUCUAAGUAUCCUUUCUGUUAAUGACUACUAAACUAAUUUAGGUGUACUUUAACCGCCCACACUUGGAUUGUGAUCAUGGUAAACAUUGUGCCUGCCAAACAUCAACUUGUUAGUGAUAGCAUGUAGCUCGAAGUACAGUUUUUUGUGUGUGUAAUUACACAUCGUCACAGAUUUUUUUAAAGAAAAGCUAUGCCCUGAGGAUAAGUGACUCACCCCCUGUCUUUCCCUUCCUGCACCAUCCCUUUUUCCCUCCUCUAGAAACUCACUGCCAUGCUGCAGCUCCUUCCUGACGUGACAUUUCCAGCUGAUAUGUUCGACUCAAACAUAAGUUCAAAGUGCCCUUUAAACUUUGUUGUAAUCCUGGAACUAGAAGCGUUUUUUUUCUUUUUCUAAGGCUAUUUCAGGACAAAAAGAUAGGAGGAAGACUGCAGGUGAAUGACAAAAAGGAAAAGUGGAAAGCAGUGCUCAAGCCUUUAUGUUUCCUCUCCUGCACACGUACACAGAGAGACAGACAAACACUCUAUUUAACUCCACAAUGAGCUUCAGGAAGCUGGCUUAUCUCUGUCUUCCACUGCAUCCACAAUGACUUCCUCCCUCUUUUUAGCUCCUUUCCCUCUGCCAGUCUGUGUCAGUCUGUAAUGUAGCUGCUCAAAGCUGAGCUGAGCCUUGUGCCACAGCUGCCAGGAGGAACUGCCUCACAGUUUCGCCGCCCUUAACAAUAAUGGCUCACUGGCGCCUGUGGCCCAUCGGAACAUCUUCAGUCUGUUUGUCUGCAAGGACCUGUGGACACUGUCAUGCCAUGCAACUGGGUGCAUUACUAAAAAACUAAACUAAAAAAAGGAAUGUUAGACAGGUAUGUGGAGCUGACAGCCAAAGUUCUCUGACACAAAGCUGGAUUACUUUCCUCUGUUCACCAGGAUGAAGUUCUGAUCAAAGUUGAGGCCAUCUUUUCCCUACUUCUUGGUGCAGAGGAUGCUCUCUGUGAGGGAUGGAGUGUUUGUGCUCGACUUAAGCAAUACUCCUGUCCAAACUGUCUGAGAAUAGAGCUGCCUGAUUAUGAAAAAUUCAUUAUUAUGAUUAAUAUCGUAAUAUUGAUUAUUCAGUAUAUUUACCUAGUGAUUUAACAUCUGUAUCCCAUUCUUUUGGUUUAUGCUAAAUAACCUAUUUCUUGUGAAAUAACAAUUAUUAUUAUUAUUAUUAUUAUUAUUAUUAUUAUUUUAAACAUAUUUUUUACAUUUUUUUUGUAUUUCAAAAUGUGUAGUCCACGGACUCCGGUGGGAAGGAAAUAAACUAUUAGAAAUCUGUCCUUCCCUGGGAAAAUUUAGGUCAAUCAGACUGUGAAUGUGUGCAGGUACUGUUCCUAGAACAUCGUUUGCUUGCAUAAUCCCUAGGCUUCUACUUUGGAAAAAGUCAGUUCAUGAAGUGAUGCAAAUUGAGGAAUUUUCUCAUUAACUGCUUUAGUUUUCGGGUUUUCACUAGGAAACUUUCUGCAGUUCUCAAUUUCCAUUUUUUCAGCUGACAUUCAAAGAUUCACUUUGUUAAAACUUUGGAACCUUUUUUCUCCUCUCUGGAAACUCGUGGCACAUGAACAUAGAUUGAAUAGAUUGUGUUAUCCUUCUCUUAAACUGUUAAAAAAACAACACAACCAUGAUGGUGUUUUUUUACUUUUUUAGCAGCUUGUUGCAUCUGCUUUUAUACCGUGUUUCUAUGUACAGUAUUUCUGUGGAUGAUAUCUGAAAACAAACAGAUCAUCCCUCUAGUUUAGAGACAGUGUCUGAUCUUGAUGUAAUUUCAGCUGUGCUGUUAAAACCCCCCCAGAUAUUUAGGCAAAUUGUCACAGCCAAAGGGUGUGUUCUUACCAAACAUUGUGAGAGGUGGUUUAUUUUUGUGUGUUUGGGGCAAGAAUUGUGUAAAUAUGGUGUGCUAACACAAGUGACAAGUAAGACAAUAAAGGAGCGCUUGUCUUCACACACUGCCAGGUAAACACUGAUAGACUGAGAGGCGUGACAGAGGUAGUUUUCAAAACUUACAUGUGUCCGACUUUGUGUAAAAGCCCUGCUUUGCCUGUAUUUGCAUAGUUUCAUGCUCUGCACCACAGUCACACCUCCAGUUCAUUCACUGUUUAGGUCUUUCUACUUGCCCUCAGUGUACUCUCUGGUCUUCUUUUGUCCCCUUGACCAUGUUUCAGAGGGUUUGCUGCAGUGCAUUUAUCCAAAAUAGUGGCUUUGUGUUUUUCUGUAGCUCCCUUUGAAUCUCCCACAAACAAUCCUGCAGCACAGAUAUUCUGCCCCAUAUUUUGAAACAAUGAGAGCGGCAUACCCCAGGGGUAAGCUUGACUUCAGAGGGAAUCAAUAAUGGAAGAGAGGAUCAAUGUAUUAUGAAUGAAGAAACAUCGCACCCUGGCACAAAAGCUUGUCUAUGGCAAAAUGUUUGUUCAGUAAACCACUAUCCUAACACAUUUAGCCUUGUCUUUUAACAAAUCCUGAGAAUAUCAACAAGGAUUUGGCUUCUUUAGGCUCUCAGAUCUUAUUGUUUUUGUCAUGCAGUGCAUUAUCAAACAUCCUCCUGCUAGCAUUACUUAACUGCAAUUUUCACUGUGCAGAAGGCAAGACACAGUGGUGGCUGCAUAUCUAACAGUUCUGUGUAUAUUCACUGUUUGUGUAAAGGCAUCUUUAGCAAAGAGGAUGCUUUGUGUUAUCAGUUCUCAAUAUGAAAUCACACCUGUACUUGAAAUACAGCGAGUCUACGAGCAUGUGGUCACGUCAUAUAACAGCUGCUCAGUCGAUUGCUCAUCUGUUGCAUUAAUUUCUAAUAUCAGUGUAUGAUAGCUCAACAUUUGUGUUUUCAAUUAGGGGUGUCCUGAUACAACUUUUUUACUUCCAAUACGAUACCGAUAUUGUAGCCUUCAAUAUUGGCUGAUACCGAUAUUGAUCCGAUAUUUGCACAAAAUUGUGCAUGACAAGUUUUGCACUCAGCUGCAAUGUCUUUUUCGUACUUAAACAAAAAUACCGCCAAAAGGCUGACAUCACUCCUACUCCUCGCUACUUUGUUAGUACCUUAGUACUAGGGGUGGGAAUCACUAGUGGCCCCAUGAAACAAUAUUAUCACGAUACUUGGGCCAUGAUACAAUAAUAUUAUGAUUUUUGAUGUUUUGCAAUACAGUGAGUAUUGUAAUACAAUAUAUUGCAAUUUAUACAAUUUUUUCAACUGUUUGGCUAAUUUGUCUUUAAUUUACGUUUGUCUUAUUUACACUGUAUUUUAUUUUCAUGUUGCACAGCUUGCAAAACUUAUAUAUAUUUGUUGUACUAACUUUCUCCUGCUCUAUGAUGUCUCCUCUGCUAACCUCACUGGACAAAAAAUUUAUUUUAUUUUCCAUUAUCAUAGAUCUGACUUUAUAUUAGCAAUUAAUUUGAAAAAUCGAUAAUUGGUAAAUGAGACGAUACAAUAUAUCACCAGACAAAAUAUGGUGAUACUAUGCUGUAUAGAUUUUUUUCUCGCACCCAUACAUAGUACACACUGUUGUCGCGAUAACGUGGGCUCUGCAUGCUGGAUCUGGGUGCUGCUAGAUAGGGGGCACCAGAACGGAGUCUGGAGUGGACUGCUUGUAUCGGUGUGCUAGUAUCAGAGAUUAUAGAUGCAGGUCGAUAUAAUCCAAUAUUCGUUUUGUUUGCUAAUAUCGGACCAAUAUCAAUAACGUAUCAGGACACCGUAUUUUCAAUAGUAACUUAGCUGUAUUACAUGAGAUGACUCAGAGUUAACGUGUUGUUUCAAAUUUGACCUUUUUGCUUGCAACUUCGAAAAGUAGGGACCUGUAGCCUCCGUCUCACAGGUUUUACAGUGAUCACAACACACUGUGCCGUUUUCUGAAGCCACUUUAAGUCUUUCAGUCACUCUGUGAAAACUGUGGUGCCUAUUCUUCCACCACGUUACCAUUUCCAUCUCCAUAGUCAAAGGUGAAAUCAAAGGUAUUAACCACCAUUUAAUUCAGGUUCAGGACCAGUUUUCAGGAAGUACGUUGGUGAAUGAAAAACACAGAGUAAAAGCAGUUCAGUGGAGAGCUGACACCCGCAGGUUUGUCAGAAAUCCACCUGUAGCUUUCAUGUAAUGAUUCAGAUUCUGUUUUAUUCCCUGCCAUGGUAACCAUUCAUGUUUCAUGAGUAACCCUCAUGCUGUCACCAUAAAACCAUCAGCUACAGCAUAGUCUGUUUCUCCAUUUGAUGUGAAAACCUUAAUGAUUCAACACAGUCAGCUUUCAAGUAGUCACCCACAGCUAGGCUUUGCUGCAGCCUUGAACAAUACAGUUCCUCUGUCACACCCUUCCAGGCUCCCACAUGAAAUUCCUUCCUUACAAAGCAAUGUGUUGAUAUCCAGGGAGGGGCUGAUCUCGCACCCUCCUGUUCUCAGGCGAGUGCAAAGACAGAGGCUAUUACUCAAGUUCAACUUUGAGUUCAUUUGUGUGUCAGGAAAGACUCACUUCAUUUCAUUCCUUAUAAGAGCUUCCUUUUGGUUUUGAUAAAUUUGUAUGAAUGAAGAACACCAGCUGGGAUCAAGCUCUUGCUGUUUCACAGACUCAGAUAUUUUUGACUUAGUGGGCUGCGUUUAUAAAUCAGUGAGUAUGAUAAGUGUCAGAUGCCUGCUGGCCUGCAAAUGAGCCGGUCAGUCACUCCGUGUGCGAGUUGGCGUCUCAUUUAACUAACAACUAACAAUGUCCUUUACUUAAAAAUGAGAGCAGCUUGAAGUAAUCUAAGCGUGAAAUGACAUCCAGAGCGGAGGAUUUGGUAAAUAAGGCUCGAGGAGGAGGAGGAGGAGGAGGAGGAGGAGGAGGAGAAGGCCUGUAUGAGAAGUGGGGGACCAGUGGAGGUCUGUUUGAUAUAACAUGCCGUCAUUACCAGGGCGUCAUGUCUUAUUUUUAGAUUAGGGGGGAGGGCAGAAGUUGAACCUUGCUCUAACUUUUCCUGAUUUGCUCCACCAGAGAUAUCCCAUACUGAAACAGUGCAAGGCUUGGUUAUUCUCAUGAGGAGGACAAAAACUAAGCCUACUGUAUUAUUCAUCGUUGAACGAUGGAAAUAGCUCCCAGUCUGAAUAAACAGGUUUAUUUGCACAAAAGGGGAAGGCUUGUUUGCUUUUUAUCCUCAACAGCCCUGUGGGUUAUGGAUAGUUUGCUUCUAGAUAGCUUCUAGACCUUAUCGGCGGCUAUAAUGACACACCUUAAUAGCAAACAAAUGGCCAACAGCAUAACUUAAAUAACCGCUAUUUUUUUCAGUGAGCUUUUCUUUUAACUUAAAGUUUUGCAACAGAGACUGUGAGGUUAUAUGACAAGGACAGUCCUGUGACGGUUUGUGUUUUGCUGGCUCUUGGAUAUUACAGUAUGAGCACAAAACAACCUAGAGGACAAAUAAUGCAACAAAUCUUUAUCAUAUCUGUCACCUAUUUUGCAAAAUCGAAAUCUAUGCAGAGCUAAUUCAGAUCCAAGGUCCCUGAAAGGCUGAAUGAGAGCACUCAUUGAGCAGACCGCCUCUUGCUGGUUAACAGGAAAUGAAACUAAACCAAGCCUUUAGUUAGUCGCUUUGUCAUCAAGCCUUGACCCUGAAAAGCUGGUCUCAGUGAAGCAGCUGACAUCCACUGAGAGUAACAGCCAGUUCAUUCCUGUGUGGGGGUUUGAUUCAAGGUCCAAAUGUCCAUAUACCGAGUUGUCCUUGAGUAAGACACCUGACCAAACCCGCCCCCUCUAGCUGCACCCAGUGAUGUGGGACUUGGAUUCGUUAAAAACUAACGGGCUCUAUGUAUAGCAGCCUCUGCCAUCAGUGUGUGAAUGUGGCGUGAAUGGGUGAAUGUGACGUGUAAUAUUAAAGAGUUUUGAGUUUUGGUAAGAAGACUAGAGAAAGCGCGAUAUAGAUAGUCCAUUUUCCAUAGUCCAUAUAUAUUUGUUUAUGUCAGCCUGGCCCCCCUUAAGCUCCUUCAUGCAGACAGCAGAUGAGCAGGAGAAAAGUAGCAGCAGCAUGAAAAUGUCGUAAAUCUCAGCACAGUGGUUUGAAAUUAGGCAAGUACUUCAGUACAAAUACUAACCUACUGACUGACUAAUAGCCUCCAAAGUUUGCUUGACAAUCAAAAAAUCUUAGAAUAGUUUUCGUAGGUCCUGGUACAAUAUUUUACAAAGUAAAUCCUGAACGCCUCAUGAACGGUUUACUAGAGAUGCACCGAUCCAUUUUUUUCUGAUCCAAUCAGAUACUGAUACCUAGGCUGAGCAUAUCGGCCGAUAUCUGAUACCGAUCCAAUACUACUGUUGAGUGAAUGAACUGUAUACCUCGCCCUGUGAGUGAAGGCAUUAGGUUUGACAUUAGCCAUGUUAAAGAAAAAAAAAGUUAACAAAUUAACACAGAUAUAAAUUUUUUAAAUAUUAUUUAUUACCGAAUGAAAAAUUGCACAUGAACACAGCAAAAAGAAGUAAGACCAAUAUGUAUUAAAAGAAAAAUUGAUCAAAAGAAAAAAAAAAAACUGGAUCGGCAUCAUUCAUCCGAAAUCCGAUCCUGUUAAUUUGUGAAUAUCGGAGCCAAUAUCCGAUCCAAAUAUCGGAUCGGUGCAUCCCUACGUUGAACUCAUGAUGAUCUAAUUUUUUUGACUUGAAUGACUCUGUUUUAAGUUAGAAAUAAAAACUGUUUCUAGGGGCACUGUUGGCCUAGCAAUAUAAGAAUCGUUCUCUAGAAGAAUUUUACAUACCCUUUCUUGUUUUUUUACAUUUUGGGUGGGAUGAAUCAUUGGAUCAAGUUGGAUUUUUCUAGUCUAUAUUUCCACAAAACCAGCUAUGAAAUAAGAGGUUGCUUCUGGUGGGUUGGCUUGGCGCGUUGCGUGUGUGAAACCCCCCCCUAUCUGCCACAAAGUGCAAUCUGAUAUGAUCCACUUGUGCUAAUGCCUCACGUCAUUUGUUGCUACAUCUGUCAGCCAUGCAGACUGAAUGAAACUUAAGGCUAUAUCCGUAGCUCUCACUGUCUUUCAUUAAUCAUGCAGGAUGCAUAGAUAAUGGAUGGUGCCCUCAGUGUCACUGUGGCCUUUCACUGCUUACUAGCCAGACAGAUCCGUUGACAUGACCUAUAUACACUCGUAGGCCAUUGUCCCUCCAGACAUGCAUCAUUGAAUGCGACAUCAAACAAACAUGAAGGUUUCUUCAUGGAUCAGUGUUUGUUUCACCUUUACAGUAAUUAGUGUAGUGAUAUAUUGUACCCCAGUCCAUUUCCUACCUCUGCUUCUCACAUGCUUGUGAGAAAAAUUCCGUCACUAACUGUGUAUGAAUAAAAUAUGACGUGAUGUUCAUGCACUGUGAUAAUUUACUUAACAAAGGGUCAAGUGUGUGUGCAAGUGUGCAGUUUAAAUAUGAAAACAACAAUUUUUUCCAGUUAUACAGGACACACGCUCAACAGUAUAACAUAUCAAAAUAUCAUCCCUGAGUCAUCACUAGUACCGGCUGAGAAAACAUAUGAAGACAAGCUGUGUAUACACAAACACAACGCUGUCUUUAACCCCAGAGGAAAUUUCAGGGACUGAUGAUUAAAGCAGUUUUUAUGUUGACGGUUAAACCGCAAAGUCUGAAAUAAAUCUAACUGAGGGUUCAGUCAGAUUAAAAGGAUAAUGUGCGCGUAAUAUACAUCCCUUUGUUUUUCUUUUGUACGCGUUACGGUUCAGGAUGAAAUGAGAUCAAGUGUGAGUAAUCAAACAGAGAGCUUUCCAUUGUCUUCCCCUCAAAGGAUCCAGUCAGUCUUACUAUCGUCUGGAUUAAAGUCUCUCUGCUGGACCAUUUAAAGACAUUAAUGGAUGAAAUUAGGACUUAAACAGCAGCUUUAACUCAGCUCCCUGCCAGACAUUAUAUUUGCUCUUAAAAAGGUAUAAACCAAUAAAAUAGAGAGUGAAUGUCAAAGCAGAUAUAUACUAUCGAAGUAAAGAGAGAGACUACAGUCUGUGCAUGUUGGAGACUGUUUACUACAAAAGUGUUACGUAGGAAAACAAACAACAUAAAGAUGAACCAUUACUUAGACUGUGGUACAGCUACAAUACAGCUGGACUUAUCCUGACAGUUUUCUAUUGUUUUAGGAAUAAUUUACCUCCAAUGGUCAAGAAAAAGUCGAUUCACAUAAGUAUUAAAUCGAUUUUUAUGUUCAAAAUUUUUUUUUUCUUUUCAAAUUUAAGAAUAGAUCUUAAAAACUGACUUACAUGUGAUGUGCAUUUUUUGGGGAAAUUUAGUUCCUGGAAUAAUCAGUGGACAAUCAUAACUAUUCAAUAAUUUCACUGGUGUUAAAAAUGCAGACUAUAAAUCGAGAAAGUCGACAAUAUCGCAGACUCGCAAUUUAAAUCGAAUCGGCAUCCAAAAAAAAUCGUUGAGGGAUCGUCCCAGCCCUACUAAGCAUUAUUGAUAAUAAGUCAGUUUGUAUCAAUAAAGAUGGCUACAAUGCAGCUACUGCAUCCUACUGGCAUGUACAUAACAUAGUGAAUAUUUUGGUGCCCCGUGCGGACAAAGCAGCUUUCGUGUAUCUUGUCCUCUACAUGCUCAGUUACUGAAAUCUAACAAAAAAUCCCACCCUGCUGACUUUUUCUGAUGUGAAUAUUUAAUGUAGGAAAUUUUAACAUAGGGCUGUUUCUGUAGCUGCUUUGUUGACACUUUUCAGGCCUUGAAACAACAUCAUAAAAACCAUUUGUCUUAUGGACUUGACAUUAGUAUGGAUUUCAGUCUGUUUCACAAACAUAAAAAGACUCCUCACAGGAACUUUAAAGAGGGGGAUUAAAAUAUUUCUGCUCUGUGUAUACCACUGACAUCUUGGAUUUACUUUGUUGUGUGUUCACAGUUGUUGACUUGUGCCAGUUUGCUCUGUUCUUUUGUUUUCUCAACACUCUAGUUCAGCUAACCUUUUUUAGUUCUUUGGUUUUUCACACCUUUUAUUUAUUUCCUCAACUCGCUGACCUUUGCACAGGCCCAACUCUAGCUACGAGUUUGUGUUACAGUGUGAUUUCCUCCAGCUGUUCUUUUUUGUAACGCGGUUUGUGGCUGUUUUUUCUGUGCAGGUUAACUUUGUGGCAUGCCAGCUGUUCGCCCUGCUCAUGGCUGUGUGGUUUCGGAUCUACCUCCACCCCAGUAAGACCAGUCCUUUUAUCAGACAUGUGGUGGCCACUCUGCUGGGUUUCUACUUGGCUCUCUUCUGCUUUGGCUGGUGAGUCACUGCACUAGUUGUUACCCUGCAGCUCUUUUCUUGUCACGGCUGUCAUUUCAUAUACUCUUUCUUUCUUGCCUCAGAAUAUAUUCCUACAGAAUUACUCAGUGAUACCCUUUUCCUGACAACUGUGGCUGUGACCCAAUUUCAGACUAAUGUACACACAUAUCUACUGUAAAACUGACUGCAAUGUUUAUAAGGAUGUUGUUAAACUCCUGCUGCAGUGAUUGGUUUAUGAAACGUUAUAUAAUAACAUGUAAUGAAAUGUAAUGUUAUGUAACGUAGCUUCACAUGGGCCCCAAUCAAUUAUGUUCCACAUUUCCAAAAAGGGUCCUGAAUAACAUGAUCAAAUCAUACGCUGAUUGAAAAUUCGCUGCAAACCAUUUGAGUUAUGAGUGACCCUGUACAGCUUGUUGGACAGCGGUGCCAAACAUUUGCUCUUGUGGUCCUGUAAAUUAUAUUUAACUGAAAAUCAGUGCAAACUUUCAAAACUGAAUCGAAUUAAAAUCGUGCCCCGGUCGAUUGUUUUCAUAACUGUCAUAUGAAUGUGUAUUUUUCUCAAAUGCAAUGAAAGACCCCCCUGUUUUAAUGAAGCUGUUCUCACCCAAACAAGGCCAUAAUUAUAUCCACCUUAACCCAGUCUGUUUCAUAACUUGCUAAAACUCCUUGCAGGAGCUUGGACUUGAAACAGUUGGCAAUUCUCCUCCUCAGUUUAAAGUGCAUCUUAUCAUUCUAACUUUAAAGUGCAUUCUCUUUGCAGGUUGACCUUCAUAUUGUUAGUGAUUGUAGCUUUGUGAUCAAUAAUAAGCGUUUGUUUGUUUGUUUGUAUAACUGCGUUUCAUCUCCUGUCUCUCUUCUCUUACAUACUUGUCCUUGUUUGCUACUUCUCUCCCUCCCCUACCCCUCCUCUUCCUCCCUCACCCCGUCCUCAUCUCUUCAUCCUUGCCAAAGCAAAUGGGUCGAUGGGGUUGCAACUGAUAUCCAAUUAGAAAGCUAUUGCCCUGUAAUAGACAACCCACUGUACCUCUGGCAGAGCGCCUCUCAGAGUGCUGUUUUGUGUGUCUGCAUGUGUGUGUGCUUGUGUGUGUUCGACGAAAAUCCCAGAUAUCUUAAAGCAGACAUUUAAGAAGAGGAAAAACGCUAACUAGGUGAGGCGUUACCUGCUUAUCAGGUUGUUAAAUUUGAUCACCUCGCAGACGGCCGGUUCUCGUUUAUGAUGCAGCUGAUGGCGAGCUGCAGCGGGGAUCAGGUUGUUUGUUGUGGCUGAGGGAGAUGAUGUUGAAUUAUUCAUGUGUGAAUCAAAAGCAAGACCAGCUAGACCACGGCAUUACGGCGUUACACAACUUGACUCGUGUUGUCUGAUAUGGAUCAUAAAUAAUUCAGAGAUUUUAUUGUUUGAAAUGAGUAUGCAUUCAAAAGGAUUUGAUAUCUCAAACUGGUGUGUUAUGCUGGAGUGUGUUUGAAGUGAGAAUAAGCAUGUUAUUUUUAUUUCUCAGGGCGAUUAGGUCUGUAACAUUUAACACAUGUAGCAAUUGUUGAUGUCCCAAAUUGCAAGGAUUUCAAACCAAUGGAAAAAACAGUAUUUUUGAGAUAGUAGUAAAACUGUUACUACAUCAGUUUUGGGAAGUUCACCUCAUUGUUGUGUUUUGAAAGCAGUGAUGACAGUAUUGCAAAAUCCUGACUGUUUAAUGUGAUACUGGCAACACUACUGAGACACUGCCCCUCCCAAAGAUGCGUGUUCCCUCUCUAUGAGGAAGCACUCAGCCUUUUUUUUUUUUCUUCUGAAUGUCACAGGAGAAAACAUCUGCACACUCUUGAACACUUGAACUAUUUCUUCAGUCACAGGAAGCUGAGUUCAUCUGAGCUUUUUCUAGACUAGAGAGCAGAUCGAGUUUGUUUCACACAUCUCAGACUAAUGGAUCUAAGAGUGUGGAUGUCUUUUGCCUUUUUAGAUUUUACUUUCUUUCUUUGAAUCCAGCCAGCUUGUCCUCUUCUUGUUCCCUUCCUUCGGACCCCUGCUGCCAUCUUUGCCAUCUUUGUCGACUCACGGCUAACACAUUGUGGCGUCUCCUCUCACCUGAAGGGCUUGACGUCGCAAGCAUCCCACACUGUGCCCUUCAAAGACCCAUCUGGUGGCUGCUGCCGUCGCCAAACUGUGUGUCAGUGCCUGCGUGUGUGCGUGAAAGUCCACUGUGAUAAUGCAGUACAGAGAAUUUUGCAUCUGGCUGGCAUUGAAAUCAGAAAAGAUGAUAAUGUGAUGGCAAAAGUCUCUCUCUCUUUCACCCUGUGACUCAAGAUGACACAUUAGUGGUGAAAAGGUCUGGCUCACAUGGUUGAUAGUGUGACUUUGGUUUCGUAAUGUGGUAAUUUCCACUUCCUAAUAACUGUACACAUGAGAAAGCAGGAUUUGGAAAGUAAUACUGUAGAUUGCCUCAUUGAGAACAUUGAGACAUGUUUUCCAGUAAAUGACAAAAAUAACAGCCCAUUUGGGGUCUGUCUCUUCACAGGUACUCCCUUCACUUCCUGGUCCAGAGCGGUCUGUCCUACAGUGUAAUCAUCUUCGCUGGCUUGGAGAACAUGCACAAGUAAGAGAGCUUGAAGGAAAUGUUUGAAAUGACUAAAACGUGUGCAAUGUUGAUGAAGAUAUUAGCAUAAUUGCUAAUAUGAUCUAAAACAAGCACAACUGCAAAAUGCUUCAUCAUCCCCAUCUUGAAUUCACCUAAAAAGGCGAGGCGACAAUUUCAAAACCAGUUGAGCAAACUCAUCCGAAAAUUCAGAUUAGUGGAUAAGAUAUGAAAAUGCUUCACAACGGUUGAGUGUGGAUUGAUCUUUCCGUUUGCAUCUUCACCCUUUUGUCUGUGUUUUUGAAGCUUGCAAGUCAGGGUCAUGAUGAUGAUUCUGCCCUGAGGCUUCCAUCUGUGACCAUGGCUCAUCACCAAGAUUCACACACGCUUGCACACACACAAACAGAAACACAUUAACACAUUGUCUUUGAUGAUAUUUUUACCAGUUUUCAAGGUUAUAAGAGAGGGUGUAAACAGAAGAUGUUUCGCCCCGAGGAGAGCGCUUAAAAUAGAUACGAACAAAGCAUUAAUCACAAUAGCAACAACCCAGAAAGAAAGGUCUUAAAGCCAGACAACAGGGUGGCAGCAGCAUGAAAUGUAGGUCAUGUUUAUCCACAGCGUUAUGUAGUAUUUCAUCAUGGAGCAGCGUCUUACAUCAAGGAGUCAUUUCAAGUUUAUUCCUAGAGUAUUAACCCUCUGCAAACAGCAUUGGUUUGCUUUUAGCCUGGCGGUCUGUGGUAGAUAAGCAGUGCCAGCUUACCGUCACUGCUGCACUUACGAAACCAAAAACUCUGGCUGUGUCACUCAAGCUAAACCAACACACCCCUAAACCGCUUCAUACAGAGAUAAAGUUCAGCCAGUCCCCCCUGGAUGAUCGUGCAGCUCAGGAGCAGAGAGGAGGAGAACUGCUCGGGCUGAGUGCCCUGACAUGUACAUGUUUGCAGAGGGCGUUGAACCCACCACCUCAGGAUAACAAAUGAUUAUCGAAGGCAGCAACCGCUUAGGAUUGAACCGGGGCUCUGUGCCUCUGGCUUCUGGCCAAUGUUUAAGCCAUUGUCUUGCUCUUUGGUACGCUUUAACCGGUUGCAUAGGCAGUCGAAGCUUUCAGAUGUGUCAAUGCACUGUACGUGUGCAUUUCUGUAAUGUAGCUGAAUAUACUGUUGCAUUCAACGCCUGACAAUGCUAAACAGGCCAUAGUUAUAUAUUCAAGAUAACUUUGAUUUUGUGCCUUUUCUUAAAAUUUUGUUAAUCUCUUUUAGUCCCUUCUUUUUCUUCUUUGUGUUUUGCUUUAUCAUCUUUACCUUUAAUCAUCACCUUCUCUGUUCCUCAGACAUUUUUAUAAUUUUUCUUUCACCUUAGUUAUUCCUUAUUUUCUUCCUUCCCUAUCUCCUUUCCUCCUUUUUCAUCUUUGUCUUCUUGUUUUCUCCCUUUUCUUCUACUCCAUCUCCUCUCCUCACCUGUUUUCUUUUCCUUCCUUCAUGUCCUUUCCUCCUUUCCUUUUCUCCUUCUCUAUCCCCUGUCCCUCUGUUCUUUUCUCCUUCUUUAUGUCCUACUUCAGCUGUUGUCUCUUUCUCUUCCUUUUUUUCAUCCUUGUCUUUUUCAUCUCCUUACUGUCUUCAUCUUGGAUUUCAUCUCUUAAAAUAUUUUCAUUCAAGUUUCUUUUUUUUUCUCGGUAGAAUAAUCAUAAUUAUAUUUAAAUGAGUCAAUAAUCAUCAGGAUAUGAGAACUGUUCUAUCAAUGUGGAUUUUCACAUCUACAUAAAGGGUGGGUUUCCUUCCACAGGGGCUGUUAUCUUGCACUGCCACUAUUCCACUGUUACACUGAUUGGACAAAAGCCAUACGCAUUUUCUGUACUUAGGGAGUGUUGCCUGAAAAGCACCCAUUAGAAGAAGAAGGAAAAGAAUAGGGUAUUUGUUGUUACGCCCAAAAGAAUUUGUACUGAUGGACAUUUUUGAUAAUCAAAGCUCAACGAAUGGAGCUUCAAACUUGGCACGCACUGAAAUAGCUUCUUGCACUUGUAGAGGGGUGAGCACGGAAGCAUUUAAAUCAAGAUUCAAACUGCUAGAUAUCACUGAAAUGUUCAUCAUUAUUGUACACUUUACCCAAAGGGUAUUAAGUUGUACUUUCUUUGCUUUUCACUUAAACUUUGUUUCCUCUCUUUGUCCUUGACCCUCCUCAUCAUGAUCUGACUGUAACACGUAACAUCCCAUAACCUUAACCAAUGAUAACACCGCCUAGUUAAGAUAAAAUCUGUCGGUUAAACUGUAAAUAUUCUCUCUUAUAUUGCAGUAAAACCUUUAGCUUUAAGGCUUGCCUUUAGCAGUGAUAGCAGUUUGUACUAAAAGGAUUCACUCCCAAGAGCAGUGCACCCUGGUAGAACAACAAACAGCAAACACAUUCUUCCACUCAAAUACACUACCUUUGGGGGAGUGCAUACACAGAGUGCCGUUUGACAGCUUAUGAAGUUGCAAAAAGCUCUUCUCUUUUUUUUAUCCUCUCCUUGACUGUGGGAAUGGCUGUGAAUGUGAGCUCUGCUGAACGUGAGGCCGGAGAUGCUCCGUUCACAGUGAGGCAUCAGAUUUCAGACUAUUCACUGUGUGGUUUAGCUCUGGACCUCUCACUCUCACUCUCUCGCUUUACCUCACUGAGAGUUCACCUGUUUGGCGAGGUGAAAGGACAGAGAACGUUCCAGACGCUUUUUCAACAAGUGGACAACAGCUCUGCCUGCUGGUUGAACGCCUGCAAAGGCAAACAGAGACAUAGGAAGUUGUCAGAUAUGUUUGAAUAAAGGGAGAAGGCUAAGAGCAUAAUGCAAGUACUCUGUUUUAUUGACUGCAUUGACAUGGCAGCCAUUUUUCUGCAAUGCCCAUGCCAAGGGUUGGAAACUUAAAAGCUGUUAUGGUGGUUUACUGCUAUGUACCAAGGUUUAAGUCAGGUCAGUGUCUGAAAAAUCAUUGUUGUUGCACUGGUUUUGCAUUGAUUAACAACUGAAAAAAACUUAGUAGUGAAAAUAUGGGCUAAAAUCAGGCUAUAUUGCAAGUUAAACCACAUAUUUUCUAACAUUACUAUUUGUUUGUGUUUAAAGGAGACUGAAAAAAAAGGAACGUUUUAGCUAAUAGUGAUUUUUUGCCAGUUCGGGGUUCUGUGCUAAGACAAUCUUUCCCCUGACAGUAGCUACUGUAUGAUAAAAUUAUCUAUCACCCUUAAAUAUUGCCUUUUUUUCCUUGAGAUUCUUCACACUUGUAGUUUGGGAAUUGUUCGAUUGCAACAACUGUCAGAUUCCCUAGCAGCUAGCAGACCUUGAACAAAAGGGUGCUACACAUAGACUGUAUAUACUAUGGACAACUUGGUUCCGCCUUCCGCCAGUAUACAGAUUUGAAGCCGAAAAGCUCUUGAUAUUUCUGCGAUUUUUGAAACCAACAUUGCGCAGUAGCGUUGUAUGCAUUCGGCAGGAGAGUCGCUGUGAUGACGCCCGGCUCAAACAGCGUAUCCCCCGGUGAGCUACGCAAUCUCAGUACGCACAUGAGCUGUAUAAAGUGUCAAUCAUAGAAAACAUGAACCCCCUAAUAACUUCUAAAAACUGAGCUGUACAGAAAAAAAGAGGACUUGAGCACAAACUAGUCUUACUGUAACUACGUCAACAUCGCAUCAGGGGGGAGAAAAAUGUAUAUUCUGUGUAUAUUCCCAGCGAGGAGGCAGACGCUGUCCAUUCCAUAUACAGUCUAUGCUUUAUACCUGUAGUUUGGGAAUUGUUCCAUUGCCACAAACGUCAGAUUCCCUGAAAGCAGCUUGCAAACCUUGAACAAAAGGGUGCUACAUUAUAACAGCUCCCCACCUGAGAGCUGAAAUGUCAAGUUAUGAAUACGCUUCAAUAGUUCAUUUUCUGCUGCGAUGGAGGGGACCACUGGGUAGAAACGUUUAAACAUGCUGAUGAAGUUUCCCCUUCUUCUCGCUCUUUAAUUAAAAACCAGCAGCUAAUGAGCACAAAGGCAGGGAUGAUUCUUCUCAACAGGACAUAGAACUUGAACUCUCCAAAAUGGCCCACCAAUAUUUAAAAAAAUCCUAACCUAUAUCUUCCACUCAAUAAAUCCACAUAAUUUCAUCAUGGGUAACACAACUACAGUGAACCAAAUUAAAUCAUGCUCAUACAGCAAAACUAAUACAAAUUCAGAGUGUGCAAAUUACUUCCUCACCGCUGCAUGCUGAACAGAUGGAAAUUUCCUCUGGAUCUGAGUAAGCAUGAAGUGUUCCUCGAGGCGUUUACUUUGUGUGUACAACCUCAGAGAGAGGUCCUGGAGCGUUGGGAUUUAUUUAUAGUCUGUUAUUCGUUUUCAUCACACCAUGUCCAGUGUUUAUCCAUACCCGCGGCUCCUGUGUGGCUGCUUGUCUAUGCCUUAACCUGUCUACCUCCGUCCCUCAGAGGGACAGGGGCCCGCUUUAGUCUCAGACUCCUUCUGAUGCUGUGAGUGGAAACAUAACACCCCCCUCAGAGCCGUGAAUUCCACAAACACAAAUCAGAUGAGGAUAUAGACUGGAUCCCUGUUGAGCCCACUGCAAACAUAGCUGCUGCAGCACAUUGAUAAAUGUCGCUGUGGGUUUCUGUUAGAGAAGUUCAUCCUGAAGGAACCAGGACUGAAAGUGAAAGCAUAGUUAACGGGUAAACUUUUGCAUGGAUAAAAUACCAUACAUUUUCAGCAUUCUGUUUCCCAAAGCUAGUCUUCUAUGGUCUACUGGUUUAAAUUCAAACACCUUACUUUAUUUUUUUAGUUUUUUAAAUUUUUUUGGGACUUCAUCAAACUAAAAAAUGAUCCAAUUACUUUCACAAAGAGCAUAAUUCAAAACAUUGUUGGAAAUCUAAAAUUAAAGCAUUGUAGCAAGUUUGGAUUGAGGUGUGAGGAAACCUUUUGGGGACACAAAAAUUGCUUUUUUGUAUUUUCUGUUGAGGUCACCCAGGCCUUUUUUUUAAUUUGGUGCAACACCCUGUAUAGAAAGCUCCAGGUUUAUUCAUAGACAAUGCUGGAACACCCCUUAUUUUCAUCUCCGUACCCCUCAAAAAUAUGAGAAGGGCUAUGUGCCCAACCAGAUUUUAACUGUAAUUCUUAUUUUUAGAUAAAUUAUGGAAAAUCAACCAUUUUUAGUCAGAUAUUAUCCUCUACAAACAUCAUGGAUCAUACUGAAAAAAAGGCAUCCCCAUAUCUCUGCAGGUCAAACCAGUGUGAACACAAGGAAAUGACAGGGAGCAAUGAGUAGUUGAAGUUUUCGAGGGAGUAACAAGCCAUUAAAAUGUGAAAAUGUAAUUAAAUAUUACAAGUCAUUCACACCUCCCUACCAGCUUAAGAUAUUAGCCUUCUCCUAUUCCCUCCUUUGGCCCUCUCGCUUGCUGUCUAACAUUAGUCAGACCUUGUUCAUGUAGCAUCCUAUUACAUGUUGAAAAGCAGGGCUUAAAGAAUCAUAGGGUAUGAAUCUAACAACAUUAUUUUGUUAAUAGUGUGAAUAAAAAAACUUGCAUGUUGCAUUUUACUUGACGCCUAUCUCUGUAAUGCAUUAUCAAUAUAUGUAUAAUGGAUUAUAAUCACGUAAUUGCAUUGUAUAACUAUAGUUAUAAACGCUCAUAAAUGAUCAUAAUGCUUUAUAGCAAUAAUUAUAACACAUUAUAAAGCAUUUUAUCAUGACUUACAAGGUCAGGUAUUAUAAUGUGUUAUGCUUAUUGUUAUAAAGCCUUAUGAUAAUUAAUGAAUGUUUAUAAUGAUAGUUAUACAUGUUUAUAAGCUAAUUAUAACAUAACAUGAAUACAUGUAUAAUGCAUUAUCUAUGUGUGCAUUAUCAGUGAGGUGUUAACAGCUAUAACAGAGCUAGGCGUCAGCUAUAGUGUUACCAAAUAUUUCUUCUUGUCCAGUGAAAUUGGUAGUUUAGUGGUUGGAUUGAAUACUUGUGAGGAGCUCUUCAUAUAACAGUCUCUGUAGGGGCUGAUUACCCCUUAAGGUCUGAUCACCAGCUUAUUUAAUUGCUUCUUGUAACUUCACAACUCUAAAUCAAGAUGGUAGACAAUGAGAGUGAACAGCGUUGUCUUAAUACGGGAGUGGAAGAGCUUUUUGGCUCGUCAUGCCCGCCCCCUCUUCCUGUCUGUCAAAUAAUGAUCUGCACAUUUUGAUCAGCCUUGUUGCUUUAGGGCUGUUCUGGGAAUAUAGAGGCCUUUGUAGUGAGCCAUGUAGCUGCCACUGAAAAAUACUGUGUGCACUGCAAAACAAACCAAGUGUAGGUUGAAUACAAACACAGAAUAUAACAUUAUUAUGUUUUAGAUACCUCCUCUUCACUCAGCGCCGUCUCUACCUUUACUGGGUGUAAUGUGAUUAAUUUUAGUGUGCGAAUUUUUAGAGAGAAGGAUCAUAAAAAAGGCUGGAAAAUAAAAUCACAUGAGCCAUGCAAAACUGGUUUUAUUGUGUUAUGAAUGCUCGGCAGUAGAGAUCAGAGGAUGUCCUGGCAGUGUCCUGGAUUGCAGUUACAGUCGGCUCUCAGAAUCAAGAGACCCUGUUGUGUCUUAUCAGCAGCGCAGCAUCAUUCUAGCCUGUGUGUUGUAUUCCUUCUCAGAGCACAAGCCUCUCAUUGUUGGCAGCAGAGGAAUGCUAGCGAGUUAGCCUUGACUUGGGUUGACUCUGCAGCAGCUUUGUACAACAGGCUUAAGUGAUGCUUUGUCUUUGGUCUUCUGUUGAAAGGUUGCCUUGUCUUCUGUGUCCAAGUACUGUCGCUGGCACAUUACCGGAGCCUCCUCUGCCUCUUCUGUCCAAUUUUCAACCCCCUCUAAUUUCCCUUUAGCAGAGGUCUCUGCCUUUUGCACUGUACAUCAAUAAAGUCAUUGUUUUUUUACAGAUUUGAGGGCAAAGGGUUUAUUUUCACAUCUGAAUUUGAGCAUAAAUCAAUCACCUUCCCUGAAAAUAUAACAACAUUGUACUUGAACUAAUCAACUCUCAUCUUUUUUUGUUGCAUUUAAACAACAUUUUGAAAGGUCUCUUUUUCUUUGUGUCCCCCUGUAGGUACUGCUUCAUUGUGACGCUUGGCUACCUGAUAUUGUGCCAGAUCACACGGGUCUACGUCUUUGACUAUGGCAUGUACUCUGCAGAUUUUACUGGGUAAGCUGAUGUACACAAAGACCACAGAGCACUUUAUGAUACUUUUAGGAGCUCAGUUGAAAACUUAAGCCCUCCACUGGUCUGAAUUUUGAGAGCUCAUUCAAAAAAAGGCUUCAAAGAGGAAUCAUCAGUAAUAGUCAGGGAAAUGGUCAGAGUCUGAACUAGUCUGAGACAUACAGAAAUGAGAGUGUGUCACACCGCUGUGUCUGUAGGAGGACCUCCAUAGCGAUAAUAGUUCCUUCUGGUUAGUUCCCUUUUUCUCCAGACUGUCUGACAGUUCAGGCAGACAGCCUGUACUCCCAGCAGGGUGGGUGGGGGUGGCCUGUUGCUUGGCAACACAAUGCAAACCCAUACUGCCUCUGAGAGGGAAGAGAUUUCCCUAUUUUCAACUGCCUAGACUUCUCCUCCAUUUCUCUGGAAAAUGUCAGAUUCCUGUUUUUUUAAAACUGUAUUGUUUGCUUUUGUUGCCAGAUAUGCGUUGUUUUACUUAACUACAAUUACUUAGAGUUUAUUUUAAAUAUGCUUUCUUAGUACUUCAGAGCAGAUGUGCAAAUGUUCUUUUGUAGGCAAUGGCAUCAGUAAGUCAAAAGAAAGGGUGGAGUAGCACAGGACUAGAUUGGGUCUGAAUUGAUAAUGAAGCAGACAAAGAAUAACUACAGGAAGUUUAAAAACAGUCUGAAAUGAUCUUGCAGGGAAUUCCCAAAUGUGUAAAUACCACUGCUGCUUAUACUUUUUAUUAUUAGUGCAUGAAAUGGAACCGAAGAUCAGCUAGGGCACGAAUCCCCAUUUUAUUUAAAAGUACAGCAAACCUAGAUGACUAAAUAUGGAGAACUUCUUCUAAACUUCUUCUCAAAAGAUCUGCUUUCAAAACUUCAAUACUUGAGUAAAAAACAAAUACCACAGUGAGCUAGUAUUGUGUGUUGUUGUACAUAUUCAGUAUAUUAACUUGCCAUGUUUUGUGUUUCAGGCCUAUGAUGGUUAUAACACAGAAGAUUACCAGCUUGGCAUUUGAAAUACAUGACGGUAAGACACGCAUCAAGUGAUUUCACAGUGUGUUCAUACAUAUAUGUGUGUGUGCCCAUCUGUGUGCACGGACGAAAAGAAGUGGCAGAUGUGACAGAAGUGAAAAUGGUUCAAUUCUCUUUGGAGUUUAAAAACAGAUCACAUGGCAGCUUUUCCGAGGCCAGUAGUCAGUUCUGCCAAUGGACUAGUGAACCAGAAAGAGAGCAUGAACACUGUUAUGUAAUGAGCCAGUGACCAAGUAUGCACGCUCACUCUCUUGCCCUCUCUCUGUAGCAGUGUAGUGGCAAACCGAAGACUGUAUAUCAUUAUGUUGGAGGGCUUCAAACGUUUAUCACCCAGUUUUCUGCCAAAUACUGAAACAACACACAUGCUAAUGAGCCAAAAAUAAAGAUGGAGACAACACAAAAAUAAACAAACGCAAUGAAGCUCAAAAGAGGCUUAAAGAUUUAGAAGAAAAUGAUGGGUUUUUUUCCUCCUUCACUUGAGUCUUAAAUCACUUUGGGAUACUCUAGACUGAACACAAUCAGCAGUGAGUGUGUGGCAGUGUGUACGUGCAGUGAGGGGCUUGGUUUUAAAUUCUGUUCAUGUCACUGAUUUGUCUUGCAACUGUGAGUCUAAUGAGAAACUAAGGCUGUAAUUCCCAACUUAAGAAAACUGUCACAGCCUGACAUCCACCUGCUGUUUUUAGGCACACAAGUGAACACACACACAUGCGCACUCACUGACACACUGGUAGGAUUUUGCUGUCUCUUAACCCGGGAUAAACUCAUGACAUGAGAAGUGUUUCAAAUAAGUGGAUGCUUUUGAUGGGAAUGUUACUGCCCCAGAAGGGUGAGAAAAUAUAUAGUGAACAUGUGGUUACGAAAGCUCGAGCACCAAUGGGAUGUGCAGAAACCCGAUGUCAUGCUUGAGAGUCUUGCUUAGCCAAUGAUUUUAUCAGUGUCAACAAGCAGAGGUGAAAUAUGCCAGAUUCUUUUCUGAAGGGUGAUCUGAUAUAGGGGUGGGAGAAAAAAAAUCGAUGAAGCAUAGUAUCGCAAUAUUUUGUCUGGUGAUAUAUCGUAUCGUCUCAUUUACCAAGUAUCGAUUUUUUAAAUUAAUUGCUAGUAAGACGUCAAAUCUACGAUAAUGGAAAAAUAAAAUCAACUGAUUGUCUAGUGAGGUGACAUCAUAGAGCAGGAGAAACUUGGUACAACAAAUAUGUAAAAGGUUUGCAAGACGUGCUACAUGGAAAUAAAAUACAGACAAACAUAAAGGAAAGCCAAAUGCUAAAUCGCAAUAUAUUGUAUUGCAAUACUCGCUGUUUUGCAAGAUGUUAAAAAUGGCAAUAAUAUCGUAUCGUGGCCCAAGUAUCGUGAUAAUAUUGUAUCGUGGCCCAAGUAUCGUGAUAAUAUCGUAUUGUGGCCCAAGUAUCGUGAUAAUAUCGUAUUGUGGGGCCACUGGUGAUUCCCACCUCUAAUCUGAUACAACGUUUGUGAUCAUGUUGUCUCUGGUAAUGCUUUUACAGCUGAGAUAUAAACGCUCUUGUUAGGGUGUAAAGUAAAUAAUUGUUUGUAUUUUGAAUGUGAGAGUCUUUAAAUUUCCCUGAGAAUGAAUAGAUGUCUUCAAUCUUGAUCAAAAUUAGAGGUUAAAUUGCAGCUGGAGGAGCGGCAUGAUUUUACUAAACAUAGCCUUGAAAUGGAGGUAUUAUACUUGACCUUACAUGGGCCCUGUGUUGCAAAUACUACUAGCCAUGACUCUCCAUGAGCUGAGGUCUUCAUACAGCAAAAACAACUGAUCAGGAGUGACCUUUACUUACCCCUGUACAAGAAGAGUAUAUUUCAGGGUAUAUUUCGUCUUCCUGAAAUAACUCCCAGUAACAAGCCAACAAAACAGGUUUAAGCAGAGCAGGAAAAGAGGCUGUGUUUGACAGUGGGUUAUAUUUAACAGCUUGGGCCAUUCACUCACUGUCUCUUUACCAGCUCGGCAGAAGGAAAUUGGCGUUGGUUCACCGUUACUUUGUGACCUUCAUGGUCUCCUAACAUAUGUGCUGGAAUGACGGAUGCCUUUGACUCUCAGAUGGUGGUUGUAAUACCUGCAGACCCUGAGAGUCAGCACUUUUUGAAGCUGUUAACUCAAGUGCUUCAUGAGCACAUGUAAUGCACUUCUUUCCAUUUAACUGUGAGGAGUUAUAGCUGGUAAUAAAUAGAAUAUAAUGAAGACUGGUGCCUUAUGUGGCCGACCAAAGCAUGUAAGGUAACCAGUCACAAGGUUAAUCAUUUUUGUAUAUUUUUAGCACUUGAAACCUUGUUAUGGGGGGUAGUUGUCCCCCAGCAAAGUGCAUACAAUACGUUUUGCACCGCAGAGAUUCAGUAGGUAGACUAUUGACUACUAAAGAAUAAGGCAGAGAGAUUUAAGGUAAAGCUUUGGUUGCAGGGGACGUCAAAUCAUCAUCAACUCUAAACUUGAUUUCAGGACUUUAAUUUGGGAUGUGCAAACACUGUAAAAGGAUUAUUUGUGUGUGUGUCAAGUAUCUGUUUUGGUUCUUCUAUAGGUUUGACCAAGCGAGAUGCACAGCUGACACCCAGUCAGAAAUACCUAGCUAUCAGGUAUGUGACUCAGGUAUGUUUUUACUGCUGUAGAUGUUGAAUUCAUUUAAUCAAGCUGAGUAUUUCAACAGAAAGCAGAAAUGAAAUGAUUUACUCUAAUUUUGACAAAGGCUUCAUAUUCUUCUGCAGAGGAAACCACCACACACAGCCCCCCUCCCCUUUUCCGCUCUCCCUGUUGUCGUCAAGCAGUUGUUAAGCUCUCAGUAUCCAGGAUACCACACAUUCACACUACUCUGGUGUGACCUGUAUUGCAGGAAUACCCUUCCUUUUGUCUAUCCUGCAGUGCAAAUAGAUUCCUUCCCUUCACAAGUAUUAUGAAGAUGAUGGCGCAGAAACAAUGAGAAAAGCAGGAUUCGAGUGAAGACGUUAGUUGUUGCGUACAGCUCUUGUGAAAAGUUUUCAGCUGUUUAUAGAACAGAUUGAAAUUAAUAUUGAUGCCUCUACAUGACCUACAAAAACUAACAAGAGCAUGAGUAUUAAAACUGGCCUUUUUGGUGGAUUUAUUUUUAAUGCCGUAGCCACAGUUGGAGGGUGGGUGUCCGGAGAGGAAAUUGCUGCUCAGACAGCCUGUGACAUUAUUAAUGGCACAGAUACAUUUGACUGUAAGAGUUACACGUAUAAAAUUUAUUUUGUCCAAAAGUGCUAUUUUUCAUGUAGAGGACCAGUCGUAUAUAUAUGUGUGUGAUGCCCACAUAAACUGCUUUGCCCAUAGGGGGUGUAAAAAUUAACACUAUCCAAAGCUCGUCACUGAAGCUUAAAGGCUUAAACAAGAUUUAGUAUAUCAAAAUACAUUAUCAGAGAUAAGAAAAAGACUUGUAGUUCUGCUGCACUGCAUGAAAACGUCUUCUUUUUCCCCAUAUUCAUGUUAAUAUUCCUGCUUAUGUCCCAUAAGGCGGAUGCCCAGUCUGCUUGAGUACCUGAGCUACAACUGUAACUUCAUGGGCAUCUUAGCAGGCCCCACCUGCUCUUACAACGACUACAAGGCAUUCAUCGAAGGUACAGGCUACCAGCCACGCCACCAGGAGAACGCCAACGGCAAAGAGAACGGGAAAUACAAGCAGAAUGAACCCUCACCCAAGGUACUGGACAGAUUUUAUCUCUCCAAAAAAUGUACGUCAGCAUGUGAAAGCUUGUCCAACCUGUCAUGUUUUGGACCUACAUUUUUUGUUACAGUGUGAAAAAAUCUCCAAUGCUUGAACCCUCAAAGAACUCAAAAGUUAUGUUACAAGAUGAGAAGUGAAGUAGAACAACUCUGUUGAAAAAUGUCCUGAAGGGGUUAGUGGGUGCUGUGAAAAUGUGAUGCAUUUUUUUUGUUUUUUUAAAAAGUAGCAUGAGACAUUAUUGAGUAUUCAAUGAUGCAAAUGUCUAAACCUCAAGGUUAUUUGUGUUGUUAUACUUCAUAAUGAAUUAAUAAUAUAAACACUCACUUGAGUUAAUCUCAAAUCAAGAGUUUUGGAGUACCAGUAUAACUUCUUAUACCAGGUUUCUUUCUCAUCCUGAAUAUAAUGUAGUUAUUUUCGCUGUUUCAUUGCAUCUCACUGACUUUUCUCUUCUCCAUUAAGAACGACGUCAUCUCCAAGUUGUGCACAUGUGCCAUCUCUCUGGCCAUCUAUCUGUCGCUGUGCAAGGUGAUCCCUGUGGAGCACGCCAUAGAUGACAAGUUUGUCAGCUCCACACCCUUCUACCUGCAGGUCAUCUACCUGUACCUGGCCAUGCUGGCACUGAGGCCAAAGUACUACUUUGUCUGGACACUUGGUGAGUGUGUGACAACUUAGUAAAUUUCACUUUUUGACGCUUUAAGGACCACAUAUUUGAUUAUUUGUGAAAAGUAGAGACUUUAAUGAGUAAAAACUGUGAGAAGUUUUUGCGUGUGUCGUUGCCGGGGUUGCAUAAGUAGUUUAAACUCACUGAACCAUUCUUCAUCUAAAGAAUCUGAUCAUUCUUAAAAUUUUCUCCCUCUGACUCUUAUUUAACAGCCUUUUUCCUAAUGCAACAGUGCCAUCUAGUGCUACUAUGAGAACUGCACCUUUUACUGUCACAGAUGACAAACGCAUGUGAUGCUCUAUCUCCAUCUGUUUCUGUCGUUGCUGCAAAACCUUAAUGUAUUCUCAGGAUGUGGGGCUGCUGUCAUUCUUGACUGUUGCCGCUUUUGUGUUUGUUCCUUUCUCCUGCAGCUGAUGCUAUCAACAAUGCUGCAGGAUUCGGCUUCAACGGAUACAACAAAGAUGGCUCCCCACGGUGGGACUUGAUAUCUAAUCUCAGAAUACUAGACAUAGAGGUAAGAUUUUUUAUUCUAUUUUAUUCAACUUUUUUUUAUUCAGAUGAAUGACUUUUUCAACUUAAGCUUUGAAGUGUUUCUUUUGGUUCAACUCUAGUUUGCAACAAGUUUCAAGAGUUUCCUAGACAACUGGAAUAUCCAGACAGCACUUUGGCUCAAAAGGUAAAACAUCAAGAUUGUACUCUGCUAAAAAAAAACUGCUUUUAGGCUACAUACAUAACUCUUUAUCUUAAGUUUAGCAUUUUAAUUCAAACCGACCUGAUCAAAAACUUCAUUUUGAAUGGUUUAAUAGCGUAUAAUGGUUUAGCUAAUGUUACAAACUCCACGGUAAAUUUAUUUUAAAUGACUUAUUAUCAUAUUUUUCUCCCCAGGGUUUGCUACGAGCGCUGCUCUAUCAACCCCACAGCUGCCACCUUCCUGCUGUCAGCCAUGUGGCAUGGGGUGUAUCCCGGCUACUACCUGACCUUCCUCACUGGCAUCGCCAUGACCAUGGCUGCACGAGCAGUGAGUACCCACACCUUCUCUCUCUUUAUAAAGAACAUAUAGAUCCAGAUACAGCCGAAUAGGUGCAGUUUAUUAAAACAGAUGUUAUAUAUUACUUUACUGUUGAAAAAUUAUCCUGUAGCUAAGAGUCAGUUCCACAGAGCUGAUUAAAAAUGCUGUUUACAUGUUGCACCGCUACUUAUUUAACCCUCAAACAAACAGAUUCCCUGUUUGAAAACUAAGGGAUAUUAAUCCCACUUAUACACCAUGUUGAAAUGUUCCCUAACCCUAACCACUAAUCUCUUCUAAGCCAAACCUCCUCACUCCAGUCUUAUGACAGAAGGAUAUUCUUCAGAGACAGUGGAGUGAUGAGACAUAAAAACUUCACACUGUAAUUCUAGAUAAUCUACUUGGAAAGGCUUGACAUUGCAAGCACAGUGCUGGGACUUUUCCUCUUCUUAAACUGAAGGAGGACAAGGAGAUCACUGGCCCAUUUAUCUCUUCUGUCCACCGUUACACUGACAAGUUCAGAGAUAGAUUCCUCUGAGGAGUAAUAAUGUGGGAAAAGACAUCCAGAGAGGGUAAAAGGAGAGGGUUGAGCAGAUUUGAAGUUUCAAAGCCUGCUGCUGUUAAGGAUUUUGGAAAGUGGGUCAAGUAGUUGAGUUCAAGUCUAGUUCACUGUAGAGUAGAAAGAUUCAUAUAUGUUCUCUCAAAAAGUACUCACAAGUGUUUUUUAAUUUUUCUUCUCCCAGAUAAGGCACAACAUCAGACCGUACUUCCUGGAGUGUGACUCCUACAAGAAGAUCUAUGAUGUCAUCACGUGGGCAUGGACUCAGAUUGCCAUCAGCUACACUGUGGUACCUUUUGUACUACUAGCUGUAGGACCAUCACUCAAAUUCUACAGGUAUAAAACAAAAACACUGACUUUAGCCUCUGCUUGUCUGUGACACAAGUAGUGAUAUUGGUACGCUGCUGCUGUAACAGUGAGACUGUAAAUGCAUGUCAAUGAAUAUGCUAACCGCAGUGAAGGAAUUAACACUUUUUCAUUAGCCUGGUUCCCUCUUGUCAGGCUGUAUAAGUUAAUGAGACAGCUAAACGAGCACAGCAUGGUGGAGGAUUGAUGAAGUGGAAAUUAAAUGAGCGGCCUUAAUAUUGCUCUGCCACUGCCGUGAAAUAAAGGCUGAACAAUGGACACUGUCAUGCAGAUGAGGACUGCUGGUACACCAGCACGUGGCAGUUUAACAUGGGCAUUAAACAGAGUCAUUAAAAGGCAGGGUUAUGGGGAAAGAGGAAGGGAGCAUUAAAAACAUGCACAUUUACAUCAUAUGGGACAGUUGCGUAAUCAUCAUAUGACUGAUGAGUCUGAGAGGUGGAUUUUUGGGGUUAGAAACUAAUAGAGGGCUGAUUGUGACAAAUCCUUUUAAGUUUGUAUUUCUAGACCUUUUUUGGGUUCUCUUUCGCUCAUCUGUAACUCUAAAUUAUUUAUCAUUGAUGUGGAUAAUAGACAUGCCAUCAAUUACUGGUAGCUUAUAAAGCUUACAAGUUACAGCUGUUAGUUGGAGCAUAAUAAGACUGAGAAUCCACAGCCAGUCUAGCAGCUUUGUGAGGCUCCCUUUUUAGAGUGCAGGGUUUAUUAUAAUGCCAGUGUGCUAAGUCUGGCUGCUAAAGUGCAGGAAACCCCAUUAGGUUUAAUGUGACAGUGCACAUUUUUACAGCACAAACUGACAUGUUAACAGCCUGGUUCAAAAUAGGGUUUAGGCAUUUAGCUCAUUUAUGUAUGUAUUAUGUGAAAUCUGUUCUAUUUUAUGUCUGUGAAGUUGAUAAAAUGACAAAGAGGUUCAGAUUUGCAUUGUUUUUUGUAAUUUUUUACUGACAUGCAGACUUAGACAUUCACAAUGUAUACAUCAUGUAUGCAUACUUCUUGCAUCCGUUGUCUGCUCUAAAUGCCAAAAUAAAAUUUUAGUUUGUAUCUAAAUAAUGUGAAGAAAAACCAACAACCAUAACAACUCAACUCAACUUUAUUUGUAAAGCACUUUAAAACAACCACAGCUGAACAAAGUGCUGUACAUAAAUGGACAAAAACAAAGCAGACAUAAUUAAAAAAUCUUAAAACAAUGGAUAAAAUAAAAGCAGAUAUUAAAAAGUAAAAUAUAGUUUCAAUGUUUUUAAAAACUAAUUUAAAAACAUGGAAACAAAUAACUAAAAACAAACCAUAAAACACUAAAACAGGAGUCUCAUGCAGGGUUAAAAGCCAAUGAAUAAAAAUGGGUUUUAAGAUGAGUUUUAAAAAUGGACAACAACUUCAUUAAAUAAAAAAAAAAACUAUGUAUCAGUAGGGAGCGAUCUUUUUCAUUAAAUUUGCAUUGUUAAGGGUAUAGCUAAGCUGACUAACAGGUGGGUGCACUGUAGCUGCUUGUUGAGGGGCCAAAAGCCCAACUCAGGUCCACCUCUUUGCUUGUGUCUGGCUUCAUAUCAAGUUAUUAUGACCUCUUAUGUGACACACACUGUGUCUACACAACUGUUAAUGGUUAUUAAUACAAAAAUAAUAGUUUAGAUGUCUCAACGUGGUUGAAGCCACAUCUUGGUUUAAAAGAUUACUUAAAAUUUUUAGCUCUGCUUGUUUGGUUUACGAACAGCUAUCACAAACAAACUGUGUUGCCAAAUGUAUCAUUCACUACUUUCACCGUGUCUCUGCAGGUCCUGGUACUUCGGUUUACACCUCCUCUGUCUUGUUGUGGUCUUGGGCCUGCCUGUAAAAUCCAGACGCCGGCAGGCCGAAGAGCAGAAGGACAACCUGCUUAAAGACAGCGCGCAGGACAACCAGACAGAGCACAACAGCACAGACAACAACUGCAACCAGAAAGAUAAAGCCACAUGAGGCCUCAGGACAGCAGCAGCAGCAGCAGAAACACUGAGACCAACUAGAAACCGCUGAGAGCUGGAGUGUGGCGAGUCUGUUUACCUGACAAAAGAACCAAAUAUCGGACGCUCUGAAAAUCCUUACAGACAGAAAACACAACUCACUGUUCUGUCAGAAACUUCUCGUAGCAAGGACGACAGCAAUCUGACUUCUGACACGGAUAAGAGACCAGGAUGUAAAAAAAAAAAAGAAUGGUAGUGGUUACUUUACAUUACAUUAGUGGGAAUGAAGACUUCCAAGCUGCCUUAAACCCUCUAUGUACUUGUCUGGUGAGGUAACAGUUGGAUGGCACACUGCAAGAAUCCUAGUGCAGUCCAACCAUUGGGAUGUUUGGUUAAAGAAACAGGGGAAGAGCAGUAUGUGGAGGGUUUUUGUCAUUGUCUGGAUACAAGCCUCUGUUAGGUGGAAACAGAAAAUGUGUUCAUGUAAAAGAAACAUAACCUUUAUCAUCAGCUGCCAAUUUCAAACAGGCCUUAGGAUUCUCCAAACAAUGUUUGAUUUCUAUGUCUUUUUUAAAAAUCCUUAUCCAAGAGGAAUUCACAUUGUACGUGUGUGUUUUGUAUGUAGAUGUUUGUGACAACACUAUUUGAAAUCUGGUCUCAAAGAUUUUUUUUCUUUCAGGAUGAAUUUGACUUUGCCUGAAAUACAGACUCCAAAAGUGGGAUUCAGGUCAUGACCAUCUCUAGCAGUGGAAAGUCUAAAAGAGGAGCUCAAGUGUUACUAAAUAGAGUUGUUUCUUUUUUAUAUUACUCAUAUCUGCUGCUUUUUUUUUCACAAACAUGACUCAUCAGAAAAAUGCAUUUUUCAAAGGGAGUUUAUUUAAUCUGUUGUGAUUUUGAUAUUUCCUCCUUAAAAUUUUCAGAACUUUGGGAUCAGGGGUGUGUUUUUGUUCUUCUUGGUUUUCAUAUUUUUCACACAGAUGUCUUGCCUCUGAAGCAAGAGGUUCAAAACUAUAAUAGAAGUUAAUGAUACAAAGGUAGACUUGAGGAAACAGUGGAUUGUUAACAUGGUUAAUGUACAGUUGUAGUGUUAUUGAGUUAAUUGUCUGAAUUCCCACAAAUGUCACAGAAAUCCAAUCGAAUAACUACAUUCACUAAAAGUUUGAAUAUUUGUUCAAAGGUUCUGUAGCCAUAACGAUUACAAAUCAGUUGAAUGUAAAGUGUUCCGAUUAAAUGCACAGUGCAUUAAAGCACAAAUCAUAUUUAUUCAGGCCAAACAGCUUUUAAGAGUGCAAUUUGCAUUUGUCCAUGGGGAAAUUUACCAUCAUUUAUGUAUGUGACAUCAUUUUUUUGUGCAAACUUCAAAGACAGACCAUAUGUUGUGGUAAUUUGUUUUUAUUUUCAUGUGUGUGCACUUAGGUAGAAAUUGUUUCAGGGUGAAUCUACUGCAGGGUGUAAGAGACACUGGUUCUGUAAGUAAUGUUGAUCCACAGCUCACCUUAAAGCCUUUCCAACAUACAAUCUACUCUUUAAAACAUGCAAGAGUUCCUAUAGCCACCCAGUGAUUUCUGUUUCAUUAGACAUUUUGAAGAUUUAGUCUCAAAACACGGGAGUUAGUGUACAAAAAGGCAGUGGAAAAAGGAAGUUACAAAGGACAAAAAAGGUCCACAUUGUCAGAAAAGCUGGGAGACACAUUUUAUGGAUCUCUUUAAGAAGGAAAUAAUCUGGUAUUUCUUGGCCGAAAUAUACAAAAACUCUGAAGUUUUCCUUUUUUUAAAUUGUCAGUUAAUUUUGUGCAUUUAUGUUGUGUAAAAGUAACAAAGCUGCAGAGGUAAGCUUUGAAGAAUGGACCUCUUUCAUGUCUUUUUAAAAAAAAAAAGUUUCUAACAUUUGCAUAUUCCUGCCAUAACUGUGCGUGUGUACCAGUGUUCAUGUGAUCCGUACACGUCGAUGUGGUCUCAUGUAAACUAUAUGUGUAGCCUGGGCCCAGUGUAGGCAAGUGUGGCCCACUUAAGGGAAAAGGGGAUGUCAUUCUACAAAAACAAAGCGAUUCUUGCACUGCAUGGCCACCCAAACCAGCAGAUCAAUGCAAACUGCUCCAUAUGUCCAAAGUGCCAAAUCAAGAAUGGCGCAUUUUUGUUCUUGUGUGGAUGAGAGCAUGCGUGCCUGCAGGGGGUGUUUGUGUGUGUGCAUGUGUCCAUGUAGUAUGUGUGUGUGCGCCUGUGUAACAUAAUGGUUAUUUUUGUGUCAGAAGGAACUUUAUUGAAAGAUUUGUAUAACAGUACAUUAAAAUUCUGAUUUAUGUGGCGAAAUAAAGAGAAAUUAUUUUUAAACACUAAA